AUGAUGCCAGAGCAAGACUCCUCCAGGGACCCAGAAGGGGGGGCGCAGGGCAUUGGACGGGUCUGAGAGGAUCUCUACUGUCACGCAUCUUGCAGGACACACGUCUGUACCAGGAAGAUUGAUAAAAAUGCGCCUACAGCCAUGAGCAACGCAUGAGACGUGAGCACGCAUGAACAAGCGCAUACCAUCCAUGACACAACAGCCAUGAGCAUAACGCGAUGUACACAACACAUGGACCCAAGGCAUGAUCAAUCUUGAUGAACAGCAACCAUGACCAACGCCAUGACACAACGCCAUGACACAACGCCAUGACAACCCAGCACAACACCAUGACACAACGCCAUGACACAACACCAUGACACAACGCCAUGACAACACCAUGACACAACGCCAUGACACAACGCCAUGACACAACGCCAUGAACCAUAACAACGCCAUGACAACCAAAACACCAUGACACACCAUGACACACACGCCAUGACACAACACCAUGACACAACUGACCCAUGACACAACACCAUGACAAACCCAUGACACAAACGCCAUGACACAACACGCCAUGACAACACACCAUGACACAACGCCAUGACACAACGCCAUGACAACACCAUGACACAACGCCAUGACACAACGCCAUGACACACCAUGACACAACGCCAUGACACAACGCCAUGACACAACGCCAUGACACAACACCAUGACACAACGCCAUGACACAACGCCAUGACACAACGCCAUGACACAACGCCAUGACACAACGCCAUGACACAACGCCAUGACACAACCCAUGACACAACACCAUGACACAACACCAUGACACAACGCCAUGACAACACAAUGACACAACGCCAUGACACAACACCAUGACAACACCAUGACAACAUGCCAUGACACAACGCCAUGACACAACACCAUGACACAGAGGGGGAAGGCAGCUCUUAUGUUACAGUUCAAACUAAAUGAACUACAGUAUGUGAUGUGAGAUGUUACAUCAGGAUAUUUCUAUUUUAGGUCAUUUAUAUUGAUAUAAUUAAUAGCUAUGUGAUUUACAUUCAUGUAAUAUUUACAAGUAGCACAAUGCUCAUUAUGAACUGGAGCCGCAGUCUUUUAUUGUAAAUAUCUAUUUCAGAGCUUGCUGUCUGUUCUUAAAGGCAUUUCAUGUUGAACUCUAAAGGUGUGGCCUGUGCUGGCCGUGAUGGGGGGUGCUGACGCAGGGCUGCGUGUGGGGGGGCGCUGUGUACACAAACAGAACCUGGUCGUCACGCUACUCUACUGGGUGUGGUGAAGGAGGGGAGCGCCUCGGCCAAGGUGCAGUGGGACGAGGCGGAGAUCACCAUCAGGUAUUAACGUUAGAUUUGACCCAGCAGGUCUCGAUAGCCCUGGUCCCAGAUCAGUUUGUGCUCUCUUGCCUGAUGGAAUUCUCAUGGGGGUGACAAUGCCAGUGGAGUAGGCAAGAGCGGAAACAGAUCUGAGACCAGGCUAAGGCCUUGAGAGAAGCAAGGCUUAUUAUUAGGGCUGGCACAAUGGACAAUAACCGUGAACCCCUUAAUACAUUCAUUUCAGGAGAAGGGAGGAUUCAGCUUUAUAUUCAAGCAGAUUAUAGUUUAGUCAAUAGCAGUUUCAUGUCUUGCUGAAUAUGUACACUGGCUAUGUUCACAUAACUAUUCUGUAAAACUCCAUCACCUAGCCCUGUUUCAAUACUUUUCCUCCAUAACCACCCUCAUCCACUACCAUUAAUACCUCCCAAUAACUUAUCCACCAUCAUCCAUAUCCCAUAUAUAAGCUAUUGACUCAUUCAUUGACUCAUCCCAACUCUGCAUGGUACCAUGAUAUCACCAGCCCCUCUUCCACCCAUCCACCUAGCCUGGUCCCAGAUGUGUUUAUGUAAUGCCAACUCCAUCUGUGUCAUUGUCAAGCCAAACAUUGGCAUGAAUAUUCCAUAAGGAGAUGGCAAGAAGCAGAAACAGACUGGCUCCCAGGGCAGACUACCAUCCAUCCAUAUCCAUCCCCCAGACUACCAUCCAUCCAUCCCCCAGACUACCAUCCCAUCCCCCAGACUACCAUCCAUCCAUCCCCCAGACUACCAUCCAUCCCAUCCCCCAGACUACCAUCAUCAUCCCCAGACUACUCCAUCCAUCCCCCAGACUACCAUCCAUCCAUCCCCCAGACUACCAUCCAUCCAUCCCCCAGACUACCAUCCAUCCAUCCCCCAGACUACCAUCCAUCCAUCCCCCAGACUACCAUCCAUCCCCCAGACUACCAUCCAUCCCCCAGACUACAUCCAUCCAUCCCCAGACUACAUCCAUCCAUCCAUCCCCCAGACUACCAUCCAUCAUCCAUCCCCCAGACUACCAUCCAUCCAUCCCCCAGACUACCAUCCAUCCCCCAGACUACCAUCCAUCCAUCCCCCAGACUACCAUCCAUCCAUCCCCCAGACUACCAUCCAUCCAUCCCCCAGACUACAUCAUCCAUCCCCAGACUACCAUCCAUCCCCAGCUACCAUCCAUCUCCCCCAGACUACCAUCCAUCCAUCCCCAGACUACAUCAUCCAUCCCCAGACUACCAUCCAUCCCCCAGACUACCAUCCAUCCAUCCCAGACUACACAUCCAUCCAUCCCCCAGACUACCAUCCAUCCCCCAGACUACCAUCCAUCCAUCCCCCAGACUACCAUCCAUCCAUCCCCAGACUACCAUCCAUCCAUCCCCCAGAACUACCCACUAAUCCAUCCCCCAGACUACCAUCCCAUCCAUCCCCCAGACUACCAUCCAUCCAUCCCCAGACUACACCAUCCAUCCAUCCCCCAGACUACCAUCCAUCCAUCCCCCAGACUACCAUCCAUCCAUCCCCCAGACUACCAUACCAUCCAUCCCCCAGACUACCAUCCAUCCAUCCCCCAGAUACCAUCAUCCCCAGACUACAUCCAUCCCAGACUACCAUCCAUCCAUCCCCAGACUACCAUCCAUCCAUCCCCCAGACUACACCAUCCAUCCCCAGACUCAUCCAUCCCCAGACUACCAUCCAUCCAUCCCCCAGACUACCAUCCAUCCCCCGACUCCAUCCAUCCCCCAGACUACAUCCAUCCAUCCCCCAGACUACCAUCAUCCAUCCCCCAGAUACCAUCCAUCCCCAGACUACCAUCCAUCAUCCCCCAGACUAACAUCCAUACCAUCCAUCCCCCAGACUACCAUCCAUCUCCCCCAGACUACCAUCCAUCAUCCCCAAUCAUCCACCCGAUACCAUCCAUCCAUCCCCCCAGACUACCAUCCAUCCAUCCCCCAGACUCCACCAUCCAUCCCCCAGACUACCAUCCCCAGAUCCAUCCAUCCAUCCGACUCCCACUCCAAUCCAUCCCCAGCACUCCAUCCCAUCCAUCCAUCCACCAGACUCCAUCCAAUCCAUCCAUCCCCCAGACCUCCAUCAUCCAUAAUCCACAUCCCAAUACAUCCAUCCCCAGACUACCAUCAUCCAUCCCCAAAUCAUCCCCCAUCCAUCCAUCCCCAUACCAUCCAUCCAUCCCCAGUCCAUCCCAUCCAUCCCCAGUCCAUCCAUACCCAUCCAUCUCCCAGCACCUCCACCAUCCAUCCCCAGCCAUCAUCCAUCCCCCAGACUACCAUCCAUCCAUCCAAUCCAUCCAUCCAUCCCACCUCACCCCCAGAUCCAUCCAUCACCCCCAUAUCCUCCAAUCCACAUCCCCCAGCCAUCCAUCCAUCCAUUCCAUCCACCCCAGCACAUCACCCAUCCAUCCCCAGAUCCACAUCCAUCCAUCCUCCAUCCACCAUCCAUCCAUCCCAGCUAGCCAUCCAUCCACAUCCAUCCCCCAACUACCAUCACCAUCCACCAUACCAUCCAUACCACCAUCCACAUCCAUCCCCACACAGCCAUCCAUCCAUCCCCCAGCCAUCCAUCCAUCCCCCAGCCAUCCAUCCUCCACUCCUCCACCAUGUCUUGCAUGCUCUCUGUCUUCCUCCUCCUUUCCCUCACUCUGUUUUUCCUUGUGUUCCUCCACUUCUGGUUCUUCAUUAAAGCUUCCCAACUUUCUGGUCGCCUAGUGACACUCCCCUGUACAACCUGGAGCCCUGCGAGCCGCUGCCCUUUGACGUGGCACGCUUCCGGGGCCUCACCGCUUCCCUGCUCCUCGACCUCACCUACCUCACCUCCAUCCACGAGGACGCUGGGAAACUCAGCGCCCGGCGCCACGAGAAGAAGCACCGUAGCGGUAGAGGUCACGAUACAACGACGACGACCGCCACGACAAACGACGACAUCAACAACAAACCUAGUGAGACAGAGCUGAGCCACCAACACAGGGUCUCCCCAGACCCCAAAGACACAACAACAACGGGGACCGUCACCACGACGACGACCUCUGAUCUGAGAGUGUCACACAGCCUGGACGAGGUCAAAGCCCACGUGGUGCCCAACUCCAAAUCAGAGAGCGAGAUCUCCUCCUACGCCUUGGACUCCCAAAACCAGGGUGGAGGAGGAGGAGGAGGAAGUCCAGAGAACCUCUCCCCUGCUCCUCAGACCCCCCAGGAGGGCAACAGGAGGAAGGGCCAUGAGGGGCUGUCUCACGGGGGCCGGGGCCACGAUGGCUCUCCCUCCUCAGGGGCCAGUCAAUCUGAGAUCCAUGCGGUGCAGCUGUCCUACCUCUACCUGGGGGCAAUGAAGGCUCUCAGCACCCUGCUCACCUGCUCCAAGUAUGCUGAGCUGCUGCUCAUACCCAAGGUUAGUAGUACUGCAUCUGGUGAGUCAGUUUGGUGGCAGCAACAUCAGGGUUGUGGGUUCGAAUCCCGCAUGGCUCUCACAUCAUAUAGUACCUGUCCGAGAAAUGCCUGGGCCCAGGUUACGUUGUCAGGAAAAAGUCACUGGCCCCAAGUAUACUGUAAAUGUGUGUUUUGUCAAUCAAAGCGUCUGCUAACGGCCCACUCUGUAAUCGGUCCAGGUUCAAUCAAAGCAUCUGCUAACGGCCCACUAUGUAAUCGGUCCUGGUUAAAUCAAAGCGUCUGCUAACGGCCCACUAUGUAAUCGGUCCAGGUUCAAUCAAACCUUCUGCUAACGGCCCACUAUGUAAUAGGUCCAGGUUCAAUCAAAGCGUCUGCUAACAGCCCACUCUGUAAUCGGUCCAGGUUCAAUCAAAGCGUCUGCUUAACGGCCCCACUAUGUAAUCGGUCCUAGGUUCAAUCAAACCUUCUGCUAACGGCCACUAUGUAAUCGGUCCAGGUUCAAUCAAAGCGUCUGCUAACGGUCCACUAUGUAAUCCGGUCCAGGUUCAAUCAAAACUGUCUGCUAACGGCCCACUCUGUAAUCGGUCCAGGUUCAAUCAAAGCGUCUGCUAACGGCCCACUCUGUAAUCGGUCCAGGUUCAAUCAAAGCGUCUGCUAACGGCCCACUCUGUAAUCGGUCCAGGUUCAAUCAAAGCGUCUGCUAACGGCCCACCUGUAAUCGGUCCAAGGUUCAAUCAAAGCGUCUGCUAACGGCCCACUUGUAAUCGGUCCAGGUUCAAUCAAAGCUGUCUGCUAACGGCCCACUCUGUAAUCGGUCCAGGUUCAAUCAAAGCGUCUGCUAACGGCCCACUCUGUAAUCGGUCCAGGUUCAAUCAAAGCGUCUGCUAACGGCCCACUAUGUAAUCGGUCCAGGUUCAAUCAAAGCGUCUGCUAACGGCCCACUCUGUAAUCGGUCCAGGUUCAAUCAAAGCGUCUGCUAACGGCCCACUAUGUAAUCGGUCCAGGUUCAAUCAAAGCGUCUGCUAACGGCCCACUAUGUAAUCGGUCCAGGUUCAAUCAAAGCGUCUGCUAACGGUCCACUAUGUAAUCGGUCCAGGUUCAAUCAAAUGUCUGCAUAGGCCCAUCUGAAUAGGUCAGGUUCAAUCAAAGCGUCUGCUAACGGCCCCAUGUAAUAGGUCCAGGUUCAAUCAAAGGUCUGCUAUGGCCCACUCUGUAAUCGGUCCAGGUUCAGCGGGCCUGCUCCAGGCACAAUGCGGACCACUGAACGUGGUCACAACGCCUGGCUGACGGCCCCCCUGUAACGGAGUUGAAUAAAGCGCAUGCUAAGUCCUAUGUUCAGUCAGGUCAUCAGGCGUUGUAGGUCCCACAUUAAGGUCCGUUGGAUGGCGUUUGGCCAUGGUCGGCCGGUUCAAUCAAAGUCUGUAACGCCUGCUGAAUCGGUCCAGUCAGCAAAGCAGUGCCUUGAAGGUCCCUCUACUGGACCAUCGGUCGGUUGGAACUUCAAACUCUGUCGGACUGUAGGUCCAGGUAACAAACUCCUGUUAUAAGGCCUAGUUAAUUGGGUCUCUCAUCAAGUGUUGCUUGUGACCUGCAGAGUCAGGUAAAAACGUUGCUAAGGGUGUGUCAGGUUCAUCGAGCGUCUCUACGGCCCAAUGUACGGCCAGGUUCAACAAGCCGCUACGGCCUCAACGCCAGUCACAAGCCCUCGGCCCUCACGCACACUCCUUCAUGACGCCUCUCUGGAGGGAUACUACCAACCGCCACUACGACCAGUUACUGACACAGAGCGUCUGUCCCUGCCUCAAGUCCACGUGGGUUCAUGCCGCUUAGCCUGUCAAGGUAGUUCAAUCAAACCGCAACGCCCACACACACACACAACGUGAACUUUUAAGUCAGGUUAUUACACUAUGUAACGGUCCAGGUUCAAUCAAGCGUCUGCUAACGGCCCACUAUGUAAUCGGUCCAGGUUCAAUCAAAGCGUCUGCUAACGGCCCACUAUGUAAUUGGUCCAGGUUCAAUCAAAGUGUCUGCUAUUGGCCCACUCUGGAAUCGGUCCAGGUUCAAUCAAAGCGUCUGCUAACGGCCCCUCUGUAAUAGGUCCAGGUUCAAUCAAAGCGUCUGCUAACGGCCCACAAUGUAAUCGGUCCAGGUUCAAUCAAAGCGUCUGCUAACGGCCCACUCUGUAAUCGGUCCAGGUUCAAUCAAAGCGUCUGCUAACAGCCCACUCUGUAAUCGGUCCAGGUUCAGCCGGAGCCUGCUCCCAGUGGACACAAUGCAGACCUGAACGCUGGGUCCACCCCCAGUGGCGGAGCGGCCUCGCCCGUGUGCCAGGAGGAAGUUGAGAUGAGGGCGGCACUGCAGUUCCUGAUGCGUCACAUGGUCAAGCGGGCCGUGAUGAGGUCACCCAUCAAGCGGGCGUUGGGAUUGGCCGAUUUGGAGAGGGCUCAGGCCGUGAUCUAUAAAUUGGUGGUCAGCGGGCUGCUGGACGGACACUGCAGCGGGGGCAAAGCCAGGCCUGGUGAGUCCCUCUACACUGAGGAAAACAACAUGGUGUUUGUUAGGGAAGGCUUUUCCAACUCUGGUCCUGGACUGGGUUCUUCCUGGGGUAAACAUCUAUACACCUGUUAAUACUAGCUAGCUAGUUACCUUGGAGGUUUCUCUGACCAUCUGAUGUUGUGACCUGUCAAGAGUAAAGGAAAACUCUGUACUAAGGUGGUUGUUGGUCUCUCUCCCGGCGUCUUAGCUGACCCAGAGUGUGAGGAGGGUGUGCAGGGAGAGCAGCAGGCCCAGACGCCCAUCACCACUAGCCCCUCGGCCUCCAGCACCACCUCCUUCAUGAGCUCCUCUCUGGAGGAUACUACCACCGCCACUACACCAGUUACUGACACAGAGACUGUCCCUGCCUCAGAGUCCCCUGGGGUCAUGCCGCUUAGCCUGCUCAGGUAUAUCAAUCACACACACACACACACACACACACACACACACACACACACACACACUGUGGAUACUUUUUAAAGUCAAGGUAUUUAUUACAAUGCCUGGUCUUUACAGGCAAAUGUUUUCAAGCUACCCGACCACCACUCUGCUGCCAACGCGUCGUGCCCAGACCCCCCCGGUGUCUUCUCUCCCCACGUCUCCCUCUGACGAGGUGGGCCGCAGACAGAGCCUCACCUCCCCUGAGACCCAGACCUCCAGACCAACCAACAGGACAGGAACAUGUAUGGAUUACACACCAAGCAUCGCAUGCAUACACGCACACAAACACAGAGACACAGAGACACACAAACACACAGACACAGAGCCUCAGCUCCCCUGAGACCUUGUUUUAUCCCAGUCCAACAGGCUGGCUAGUACUGGCCCUGUUUUAUCCCAGACCAACAGGCUGGCUAGUACUGGCCCUGUUUUAUCCCAGGCAACGGGCGGGCUAUUUACGGGCCCCUUUUAUCCAGCCAACAGGGGCUAGUAGGGCCUUUUUUACCCAGGCCAAAGGGGUAGUAUGGCCUUUUUUCCCAGGCCAACAGGCGGCUAUAUGGCCCAUUUAUCCCAGGCCAACAGGCUGCUAUACUGGCCUUUUAUCCCGGGCCCCCCAAAAGGGCUGGCUAGAUGGCCUUUUAUCCCAGGCCAACAGGCGGGUAGUACGGGCCCUUUAAUCCCGGCCAACAGGGGCUAGUACGGGCCCAUGUUUUCCCCCCCACCACCCAACCAGGCUGGCUGUACGCCCUGUUUAUCCCAGCCCAAAACAGGUGCUAGUGCUGGCUUGUUUACCCGGGCCAACAGGCUGGAAGUACUGGCCUUGUUUUAUCCCAGACCAACAGGCUGGCAGAUGGCCCUGUUUUAUCCAGACCAAAGUGCUGUAGGCCUUUUUAUCCAGACAAGGCUGGCUGUGCUGGCCCGUUUAUCCGGGGCAACAGGCUGGGUAAUGGCCUGUUUAUCCCAGACAACCAGGCUGGCUAGUACCUGUUUAUCCCAGACCAACGGGCUAUUUGGCCCUUUUUAUCCCAGCCAACAGGCUGGCUAGUACGGGUUUUUACCCAGCCAACAGGCGAGUACUGGCCCUUUUUAUCCCAGACCAACAGGCGGGUAGACUGGCCUUUUAUUCCGGGCAACAGGUGGCUAGUUACUGGCCCUUUUUAUCCCAGCCAACAGGUGGCUAGUACGGCCCUUUUUACCAAGCCAACAGGCUGGUAGUACUGGCCCUAUUUUAUCCCAGCCAACAGGCUGGCUAGUACUGGCCUUGUUUUAUCCCAGGCCAACAGGCUGGCUAGUACGGCCUGUUUUAUCCCAGGCCAACAGGCUGACUAGUACUGGCCCUAUUUUAUCCCAGGCCAACAGGCUGGUAGUACGCCCUUUUAUCCGGGCCAAACAGGCGGGUAGUACGGCCCUUUUUAUCCCAGCCAACAGGGGCCCUAGUUGGCCCUUUUAUCCCGCCAACAGGCUGGCUAGUAUGCCCUUUUACCCAAGCCCAACAGGGGGACUAGUACUGGCCCUAUUUUAUCCCAGGCCAACAGGCUGGCUAGUACCGGCCUUGUUUUACCCCAGGCCAAAGCUGGCUAGUACGGGCCCCUUUUUACCCCGGGCAACAGGCUGGCUAGUGCUGGCCCUGUUUUAUCCCAGACCAACAGGCUGGCUAGUGGCCCCUGUUUUAUCCCAGGCCAACAGGCUGGCUAGUACUGGCCCUAUUUUAUCCCAGGCCAACAGGCUGGCUAGUACCGGCCCUGUUUUAUCCCAGGCCAACAGGCGGCUAGUAGGCCCUGUUUACCCCAGCCACAGGUGGCUUGGGCGGCCCUGUUUUACCCCGGGGCCAACAGGCUGGUAUACGGGCCCCCUUGUUUUAUCCCCCAAGGGGCUUACCCCUGUUUAUCCCAACCAACGGCUGGUAUUUGGGCCCUUUUUAUCCCAGCAAACAGGCUGGCUAGUCCCCUUUUUUAUCCAGCCAAAGGGCGGGCAAGUACGGGCCCUUUUUAUCCCAGGCAAAGGGCUGGUAUUUUUACGGCCCUGUUUUACCCCCAGCCCCAACAGGCUGCUGUACUGGCCUGUUUUUACCCCCAACAGGCUGGCUAGUAGGGCCCCUUUUAUCCCGGGGCAACAGGCUGGUAUACCCGUUUUUCCCGGCAACAGGCGGGUAAGGGCCCCUUUUUUUAUCCCAGCCAACAGGGGGCUAGUCGGGCCCUUUUUAUCCCGCCAAAGGUGGCUAGUACUGGCCUUUUUAUCCCGCCAAACGGCUGGCUAGUCUGCCUUUUUACCCCAGCCAACAGGCGGCUAGUAGGCCCUUUUACCCCAGCAACAGGCGGGCAAUCCCUUUCCCCCCCUGUUAUCCCAACCAAACGGUGGCUAUUACUGGGCCUUUUUUAUCCCAGGCCAAGGUGGCUAUUUUAACCCCCUGUUUUAUCCCAGCCAAAGGGGGGCCUAGUGUUUCCCUGGUUUAUCCCAGGCCCAGGCUGGUAGAUGGCCCUGUUUUUUCCCAACCAAAGGGGGCUAUACGGGCCCCUGUUUUAUCCCAGACCAAAGGCUGGUGACUGGCUUUUUUUAUCCCGGGCCCAAAAGGGCGGUAGUCGGGCCCCCUUUUUUUACCCCAAAACCAACAGGCUGGCUAGUUGGCCCGUUUUACCCCAGAAACGGCGGGCUAGUACCCUGUUUAUCCAGCCCAACAGGGGGUAGUAGGGCCUUUUUUUCCCGGGCAACAGGGGGCGUACCCCUUUUUUUAUCCCAGACCAAAAGCGGGAAAUACGGCCCCUUUUUAUCCCGACCAACAGGCGGGGCGUCGGGCCCUUUUAUCCCAGCAACGGGCUCUUACUGGCCUUUUUUUAUCCAGCCAACAUGGCUAGUACGGGCCCCCAUUUUACCCCCAGCCAAAAGGCUGGCUAUUGGCCCUUUUUAUCCCAGGCCAACAGGCGACUAGUAUGCCCUAUUUUAUCCGGGCCAAAGGCUGGCUUUUGGGGCCCGUUUACCCAGGCCAAACCGGGGGCCCCUAAAAUGGCCCUUUUAUCCCCAGCCCAAAGGGGUAGUUGGCCCUUUUUUUCCCAGCCAAAGGGGCUAGUUGGCCCUUUUUACCCGCCCACAGGCGGGCUAGUAGGGCCCCGGUUUUACCCCGGGCCAAACAGCUGGCUAUCGGGCCCCUUUUUUCCCAGCCAAAAGGGCCCUUAGUAUGGCCCUUUUUAUCCCAGACCACAGGCGGGGAGUAUCCCCCCCUUUUUUAAAACCCCGGGCCAAAAUUGUGUGCGGCCCGUUUUACCCGCCCAAAGGCUGGCUAGUCUGGCCCUUUUUUCCAAAAAAAGGCUGGCUAGCUGGCCCCUUUUACCCCCGGGAAAACGGGCUGGCUAGUCGGGCCCCUGUUUUUCCCAGGCCAACAGGCUGGUAGUCUGGCCCUUUUUAUCCCAGACCAACAGGUGGCUAUUGGGGCCCCCUGUUUUACCCGGGGACAACAGGGGGCUAGUAGGCCCUGUUUUCCCCAGGCCAACGGGGGCUAGUCGGCCCUUUUUAUCCCAGACAACGGUGGUAGUAUCCCCGUUUACCCAGACCAACGGGCUGGCUAGGGGCCCCUGUUUUACCCCCACCAACCAGGCUGGUAUUUGGGCCUUUUUUCCCAGGCCAACAGGGCUGGCUAGUCCCUGUUUACCCCGGGCCAACAGGGGAGUCGGGCCCCCUUUUUUACCCCGCCAACGGGGGGUACGGGCCCCUUUUUUACCCCAGCCAAAGGCGGGUAUUACUGGCCCCUUUUUUAUCCCGGCCACAGGGGGUAGUAUGGCCUUUUUAUCCAAAGGCAACAGGCGGCUAGUACCCCUUUUUACCCAGCAACAGGCUGGUUUGGCCCUUUUUUUUUUACCCCAAAACCAAACAGGCUGGCAAAAGGGUAAGACUUUUUUUUUAUUUGCUUGAGGGAAAUGUUUUACGUGACAUACAUGAAUACUUUUUAAAUUUUAAAAUUUUUAGCAUUGAGACGCUCUUACCCAGAGCGAUUUACAUUUUAGGGUGCAUACCUUUUAUGACUGUGAUUUAAAUUUUACUUGACUGUGAUAUGAUAUUACUAUGACUGUGAAAUGAUAUUACUAUGACUGUGAUGAUAUUGAUAUAUGUUGGACUGUGAAUGCAUAUACUAGUGACUGUGGAUAAGAGAUAUUACUAGUACGUGAUAUGAAAACUUAACUAGACUGGACCUGACUGAAGCUCUGUGAUUAUUCUAUGACUGCUGAUUGAAUAUAUAAUGCUGUGAAGUUACUUGACUGUGAUAUGUAUUACUAUGACUUGUUGAUAUGUGGUGGGUCACCUCCUAGCUAUCUUCAGAUGAAUGCACCUAACUGUAAGUUGCUCUGGAUAAGAGCAUCUACUCAAUUACUAAAAUUAAAAACUGUAAACGUAGGACUAGGGCCCCUGGAACGAAGGCGGCUCUUGGUGACUUCAUUCUUAAGGCUCUUACUUUUUUUCUGAUCAAUAAAAUAUACCUGUCCAUAGUAGCACACAGGAUACGUUCUGUAAGUCCUGUUUGUCUCUGUAUGUGAUGGUAACAUCCUCUCCUCCGUGUUGUCCACUCCAGCCCUGUCGGACCCCAGCAGCAGACUCUCCACUUCCCCUCCACCCCCGGCCAUCGCUGUGCCCCUCCUGGAGAUGGGCUUCUCUCUGAGGCAGAUCACCAAGGCUCUGGAGGCUACAGGGACAGGUACAGACUUCACUAUACACUACCUUAUACCAAGGCUCUGGAGGGUACAGGGGACAUGACUUCAGAUACACUACCUUAUCCCAAGGCUCUGGAGGGUAACAGGGACUGACUUCAAUAUAUUCUAUACACUACCUUAUACCAAGGCCUCUGGAGGGUACCAUGGUACCGACUUCACUAUACACUACCUUAUACCAAGGGCUCUGGAGGGUACCUACUUCCCCCUUACCAAGGCUCUGGAGGGUACAGGGACUGACUUUCACUAUACACUACCUUAUACCAAGGCUCUGGAGGGUACAGGUACUGACUUCACUAUACCACUACCUUAUACCAAGGCUCUGGAGGGUACAGGGUACUGACUUCACUAUACACUACCUUAUACCAGGCUCUGGAGGGUACAGGUACUGACUUCACUAUACACUACCUUAUACCAAGGCUCUGGAGGGUACAGGGACUGACUUCACUAUACACUACCUUAUACCAAGGCUCUGGAGGGUACAGGGACAGACUUCACUAUACACUACCUUAUACCAAGGCUCUGGAGGGUACAGGGACUGACUUCACUAUACACUACCUUAUACCAAGGCUCUGGAGGGUACAGGGACUGACUUCACUAUACACUACCUUAUACCAAGGCUCUGGAGGGUACAGGGACUGACUUCACUAUACACUACCUUAUACCAAGGCUCUGGAGGGUACAGGGACAGACUUCACUAUACACUACCUUAUACCAAGGCUCUGGAGGGUACAGGGACUGACUUCACUAUACACUACCUUAUACCAAGGCUCUGGAGGGUACAGGGACUGACUUCACUAUACACUACCUUGUUUUUCAUGGUUCGGGCUUGGCCCCUUAGUUUAAGUGAAGGGAAAUCUUAACGCUACAGCAUACAAUGACGUUCUAGACGAUUCUGUGCUUCCAACUUUGUGGCAACAGUUUGGGGAAGGCCCUUUCCUGUUUCAGCAUGACAAUGCCCCCGUGCACAAAGUGAGGUCCAUACAGAAAUGGUUUGUCGAGAUCUGUGUGGAAUAACUUGACUGACCUGCACAGAGCCCUGACAUCAACCCUGCCUUUGGGAUGAAUUGGAACGCCGACUGCGAGCCAGGCCUAAUUGCCCAACAUCAGUGCUCGACCUCACUAAUGCUCUUGUGGCUGAAUGGAAGCAAGUCCCCUCAGCAAUGUUCCAACAUCUAGUGGAAAGCCUUCCCAGAAGAGUGGAGGCUGUUAUAGCAGCAAAUGGGGGACCAACUCCAUAUUAAUGCCCAUGAUUUUGGAAUGAGAUGUUCGACGAGAAGCUGUCCACAUACUGUUGGCCAUGUAGUGUAUCACAAAUAUCACAUGUUGUAUCGCUGAAUAUGAGCGAGAACACUUUGGUUACUGUUGGCAGCAAACAUGGAGUCAGUCAGUCAGCCAUCAGUUCAGAAUGUCCAGCUUGUUUGCAAAUGAGCCUCCUACUUUAUCUAGUGGCCAUUCAGGAUUCAGCCACUUCUAAUGGACCGUCUCUCUCCCAGCCAAUGGCCAUUCAGGAUUCAGCCACUUCUAAUGGACCGUCUCUCUCCCAGCCAAUGGCCAUUCAGGAUUCAGCCACUUCUAAUGGACCGUCUCUCUCCCAGCCAAUGGCCAUUCAGUAUUCAACCACUUCUAAUGGACCGUCUCUCUCCCAGCCAAUGGCCAUUCAGUAUACAACCACUUCUAAUGGACCGUCUCUCUCCCAGCCAAUGGCCAUUCAGUAUUCAACCACUUCUAAUGGACCGUCUCUCUCCCAGCCAAUGGCCAUUCAGUAUUCAGCCACUUCUAAUGGACCGUCUCUCUCCCAGCCAAUGGCCAUUCAGUAUUCAGCCACUUCUAAUGGACCGUCUCUCUCCCAGCCAAUGGCCAUUCAGUAUUCAGCCACUUCUAAUGGACCGUCUCUCUCCCAGCCAAUGGCCAUUCAGUAUUCAACCACUUCUAAUGGACCGUCUCUCUCCCAGCCAAUGGCCAUUCAGUAUUCAGCCACUUCUAAUGGACCGUCUCUCUCCCAGCCAAUGGCCAUUCAGUAUUCAAACCACUUCUAAUGGACCGUCUCUCUCCCAGCCAAUGGCCAUUCAGUAUUCAACCACUUCUAAUGGCCAUUCAGUAUUCAACCACUUCUAAUGGACCGUCUCUCUCCCAGCCAAUGGCCAUUCAGUAUUCAACCACUUCUAAUGGACCGUCUCUCUCCCAGCCCAAUGGCCAUUCAGUAUUCAACCACUUCUAAUGGACCGUCUCUCUCCCAGCCAAUGGCCAUUCAGUAUUCAACCACUUCUAAUGGACCGUCUCUCUCCCAGCCAAUGGCCAUUCAGUAUUCAACCACUUCUAAUGGACCGUCUCUCUCCCAGCCAAUGGCCAUUCAGUAUUCAACCACUUCUAAUGGACCGUCUCUCUCCCAGCCAAUGGCCAUUCAGUAUUCAACCACUUCUAAUGGACCGUCUCUCUCCCAGCCAAUGGCCAUUCAGUAUACAACCACUUCUAAUGGACCGUCUCUCUCCCAGCCAAUGGCCAUUCAGUAUACAACCACUUCUAAUGGACCGUCUCUCUCCCAGCCAAUGGCCAUUCAGUAUACAACCACUUCUAAUAUUAUUAUUAUAACUGCUUAUAUUUGUCCUGCUACAGACUUGUUAAUGUGUUCAUCAUUACAAGUGUGUAAUGGUAAUGUGUUGCAUAUCCCAACUCCCCCUGAAACACCCGCAGGGAGUGGGGUCACGGCCGGGGUCACCAUUGGCCAGCGCCAAAUGGAGCAAUUGGGGGUUAAGUGCCUUGCUCAAGGGCACAGCGACAGAUCUUUUUCGGCUCAGGAAUUCAAAUUCAGCAACCUUUGUUACCUGGUCCCAACGCUCUAACCUCGUGGCUACCUGCCACCCCUGUUAGCAGCACCCUGACAGUGAUCUAAGUAUGUCAUCAGUUCCUAUCUGCACCCCAUCCCCCCCCAGGUACUCGUGGCGAGGCUGAUGCCCAGAACAUCACAGUGCUGGCCAUGUGGAUGAUAGAGCACCCCGGGACGGAGGAGGAGGAGCAGGAGGAGAGCCACUCUGGAGGAGGGGGGUCAGACAGCUCCACCUGCCCAGGGGCCACAGCCUCGGGAGGGGGUAAGAGUCUGGAGAGGAGCUACCUACACUCCCCUGGAGAUAUCCCUAACGCUGACGCUGCAGACAUGGAGGAGGGCUUCAGUGAGAGGUAGGUACAGUCUACAGUAACUGAACCUGUUCUAGAGUACAGCCCCCUCAGGGUCAGGGGUCAGGUAUGACUGUCUAAAGCCUUCUGUUGCCCAUAGUGCACUUAGUAGCACUUGGAUAAAACUGCUGUAGAUUCAGGAUUCAACAACAACAUGAACUUACAAUACUUCCUGCUACAGCGCAGAAAGAGUCAGGGGAUGCCGUCUAUUCUGUUUGCUAUUGCUAUUGAACUACUAGUUAUAAUUUAAAACCGAUAUUAGAUCAUCUGUUUCCAUGUUUCUGGUUGUACGAGGGCUGUGUUGUCCUUGUUGUCAGUUUCCACGUGACUGACUGACUGUGAGUGCAGUGUAAAACAGCGGAUCAUUUCCCCAUGUUUACUGACUGUGUGUCCCUGCAGUCCAGAGGGUCUGGACCAGAGUGCAGUGUAAAACAGCGGAUCAUUUCCCCAUGUUUACUGACUGUGUGUCCCUGCAGUCCAGAGGGUCUGGACCAGAGUGCAGUGUAAAACAGCGGAUCAUUUCCCCAUGUUUACUGACUGUGUGUCCCUGCAGUCCAGAGGGUCUGGACCAGGACAGUGCCUCAGCCUCCAGUGGUCCAACACCCAGAGGCCACUCUGCUGUCAGCAGGAAACACCGCUUUGACUUGGCUGCUAGGACGCUGCUGACCCGUGCUGGUGAGACUCUCUCUCUCUCUCUGCUCUCCCUUCCUCCCUCCUUUUUCCUUUCCUCCGAGACGUCUAAGAAAAGGAAAACCCACACACUGCUCUUGCCAGUAUCACUUUAUGUUUUUGAAAGUAAACUCAGGGAGAAAAAAAUUAUAAAGAAACUUCCCUUUUUCAGGACCCUGUCUUUCAAAGAUAAUUAGUGAAAAAUCCAAAUAACUUCACAGAUCUUCAUUGUAAAGGGUUUAAACACUGUUUCCCAUGCUUGUUCAAUGAACAAUAAACAAUUAAUGAACAUGCACCUGUGGAACGGUCGUUAAGACACUAACAGCUUACAGACGGUAGGCAAUUAAGGUCACAGUUAUGAAAACUUAGGACACUAAAGAGGCCUUUCUACUGACUCUGAAAAACACCAAAAGAAAGAUGCCCAGGGUCCCUGCUCAUCUGCGUGAACGUGCCUUAGGCAUGCUGCAAGGAGGCAUGAGGACUGCAGAUGUGGCCAGGGCAAUAAAUUGCGAUGUCCGUACUGUGAGACGCCUAAGACAGCGCUACAGGGAGACAGGACGGACAGCUGAUCGUCCUCGCAGUGGCAGACCACGUUUAACAACACCUGCACAGGAUCGGUACAUCCGAACAUCACACCUGCGGGACAGGUACAGGAUGGCAACAACAACUGCCCGAGUUACACCAGGAACUCACAAUCCCUCCAUCAGUGCUCAUCUUAUGUUCAUACAAAUAUUUACACAUGUUAAGUUUUCUGAAAAUAAACGCAGUUGACAGUGAGAGGACCUUUCUUUUUCUGCUGAGUUUAUAUUUACCCAGAUAAGCACCCUAAGGGCUCGUCAGUCAGCAUUUCACAUUAAGGUCUACAGCUGUUGUAUUCGGCGCACGUGACAAAUAACAACAUUUGAUUUGAUUUACUAAAGUUCCUACUAAAGCGUUUGGUGGUGCUGGUAUCUCCUCUUCUGUUAGCUGUGUAGUACUACUCGGUGCAGGCUAGUGAUGGGGGGAAAACAAUCGAUAGUUACAUAUCGGGAUAUUAUUUUGUAUCGUUUUGACAAUAUCACAAUAUAAUUUUUGCACUAGUUGGCUGUACCUGCGCCCAAAAAAAACUCGCAGUAUUUUUCCCUCAUAGCUUGUUCUCUCAUCUUCUUUUUAAAUAGAGAGACAAUUUGUUUUCAGCACUUUUAUUUCCAUGACUGAUUAUUAUUAUUUAUUUGUCUUUCUCACGGCUCUCUCUUGUCUCUCUGCAGUAGAUAUAUUUACAUUUACAUUUUAGUCAUUUAGCAGACGCUCUUAUCCAGAGCGACUUACAGGAGCAAUUAGGGUUAAGUGCCUUGCUCAAGGGCACAUCGGCAGAUUUUUCACCUAGUCGGCUCGGGGAUUAGAACCAGCGACCUUUCGGUUACUGGCACAACUCUCUUAACCACUAAGCUACCUGCCGCCCCACAAUAUAUAUAAUAUAUAUGGUGAGCAAUAUGUUUGGAACGUAAAAUCACAGUAUUGAAUCGCUAUACAUAUGGUAUCGGCACCUAAGUAACGUGAUAAUAUGGUACGGUGAGGUCCCAUCCCCCUCCCCUCUCCUCUAGCUGGUCUGUACCGGCCCGGUCCAGGUCAUGGUGGUCAUCCGUACAGCAGGACCCUGGACCUCUGUGUCACUAAACUUCUAUACUAUUCUAACAUAUACUCUCUCCUCCCCUCUCCUGUAGCUGGUCUGUACCGCUCGGUGCAGGCCCAUCGUAGCCAGUCUCGUAGGGAGGGCAGUGCCCUACAGCAGGACACUGGAGCGCUGUAUGACUUUAACCAGAUGUAGCUGGUCUGUACCGCUCGGUCAGGCCCAUCGUAGCCAGUCUCGUAGGGAGGGCAGUGCCCUACAGCAGGACACUGGAGCGCUGUAUGACUUUAACCUAGAUGAGGAACUGGAGCUUGAUCUGGACGAGGAGGCCAUGGAGGCCAUGUUUGGUCAGGACCUGGCCAGUGACACUGACAUCCUGGGCAUGUGGAUCCCAGAGGUACUGGACUGGCCGACAUGGGUGUGUGUGAGUGCAGCGGGGUGCUGCUUCUUUCCUCCCCUUUAACUCAGGGGUUCAUCCUGACUUCCACUUCACUAAACAUCUUGCUUUAGUGGAAGUCAGGAUUUUGACUCUUAACAAAUUAACUUUCACUCGCACACUCAUUCACUUAGUGCUGUAAAUGCUAACCAUCUGCUUAGAGAGGUUGAGGCUCACACACGCUCACACACGCUCACACUAUCUCCCUCUCUCUCGCUCUCACACACACACUGCGUCAUGCUCUGCCAUUGGCGGUGAUUUCUGUCGUUAGCCUAACUAGCAUGGGAUGUCAAUAGGGUUUGGUUGGAAACCAGAUGGAAUGCUAACAUGCUAAGGGUGAUUACAGUGGGUGGCAUUGAUCAUCAUCAAUUCUUGGUGCUUGUGGUUAAUUUAUCAAGUCUUGGUGCUUGUGGUUAAUUAAUGAAGUCUUGUUGCUUGUGGUUAAUUGAUCAAGUCUUGCUGCGUGUGGUUAAUUCGUCAAGUCUCGUUGCUUGUGGUUAAUUCAUCAAGUCUCGUUGCUUGUGGUUAAUUCAUCAAGUCUUGUUGCUUGUGGUUAAUUCAUCACAUCUUUCGGUGCUUGUGGUUAAUUCAUCAAGUCUCGUUGCUUGUGGUUAAUUCAUCGACUGUUAGUGGCAUCAUGGCAUUGAUGACCUAGAUUUAAACUGACUUUGUGUUUAUGUGUGUGUCCCUCCCCUCCCCUCGCUGUCUCUGUCCCCUCCCUCCUCUCCCUGUCUCUUUUGUCCCCCCUCCGGGUCCUCCUGUCUUCCUCCCUGGUCUCGGUGUCCCUCCCUGUCUCCUCUCUGGUGUCCUCCCCCUGGUCCUCUCUGUCUUCUCUCCCUGUCUCUCGUGUCCCCUCCCUGUCUCUCUGUGUCCCUCCCUUCUCUCUGUGUCCCCUCCCUGUCUCUCUGUGUCCCCUCCCUGUUCUCGGCUGUGUCCCCUCCCUGUCUCUCUGUGUCCCCUCCCUGUCUCUCUGUGUCCCCUCCCUGUCUCUCUGUGUCCCCUCCCUGUCUCUGUGUGUCUCUGUGACCCCUCCCUGUCUCUCUGUGUCCCCUCCCUGUCUCUCUGUGUCCCCUCCCUGUCUCGGUGUCCCCUCCCUGUCUCUCUGUGACCCUCCUUCUCUCUUGUGUCCCUACCCUGUCUCUGUGUCCCCCCCCCAGGUCUCUCUGUGUCCCCUCCCUGUCUCUGUCUCCCUCCCUGUCUAUUGUGUUCUCUGUGUCCCCUCCCUGUCUCUCUUUGCCCCUCCCUGUAUCUCUGUGGUCCCCUCCCUGUCUCUCUGUGUCCCCUCCCCUGUCUCUGCUGUCCCUCCUUUCUCUCUGUGUCCCCUCCCUGUCUCUCUGUUUCCCCCUCCCUGUCUCUGUGUCCCCUCCCCUGUCUCCUCUGUGUCCCCCUCCCUGUCUCCUCUCCUGUGUCCCCUCCCGGUCUCUUCCUUGGUCCCCUUCCCUGUCUCUGUCUCACCUCUCCUUCUAUGUGUGUCUCUGUGUCCCCCUCCCUGUCUCUCUGUGUCCCCUCCCUGUCUCUCUGUGACCCCUCCCUGUCUCUCUGUGUCCCCAUCCCUCCUGUCUCUCUGUGUCCCCUCCCUGUCUCUCUGUGUCCCCUCCCUGUCUCUGUGUGUCUCUGUGUCCCCCCCUGUCUCUCUGUGUCCCCUCCCUGUCUCUCUGUCUUCUCUCCCUGUCUCUGUGACCCCUCACUGUCUCUCUGUGUCCCCCAUCUCUGUCUCCCCUCCCUGUCUCUCUGUGUCCCCUCCCUGUCUCUCUGUGUCCCCCUCCCUGUCCUCUGUUCCCCUCCCUGUCUCUAUUUUCCCCUCCACUGUGCGUUCUGGUUCUUCUCUCCCUGUCUCUCUGGUCCCCUAUCCCUUCUCUCUGUGUCCCCCUCCCUGUCUCUCUCUGUGUCCCCUCCAUGUCUCGCUGUCUCCCCUCCCUGUCCUCUGUGGUCCCCUCCCUGCUCUGGUGUCCCCAAUCCCUUUCUCUGUGUCCCCUCCCACCCGGUCUCUUCUGUGGCCCCUCCCUGUACCUCUCCUCUUGUGUCCCCUCCCUGUCCUCCUCUGUGAGACCCAUCCCUGUCCUCUGUGACCCCCAUCCCUGGUCUCUCCGUGUCCCCUCCCUGGUUCGCUCUGUGUCCCCCUCCCUGUCACUCUCGUUUCCCCUCCCUGUCUCUCUGUGUCCCCUCCCUGUCUCUCUGUGUCCCCUCCAUGUCCUCUCUGUCUUCUCUCCCUGUCCGCUUGUGUCCCCUCCCUGCUCUCUGUGUCCCUCCCGUCUCUCUCUCUCUGGUCCCCUCCCUGUCUCUCGUGUGUCCCCCUCCCUGUCUCUCUCUGUGUCCCCUCUCCCAUGUACCUCCUCUGUCUCCCCUCCCUUCUCUCUCUGUGUCCCCAUCGCCUGUCUCCUGUGUCCCCCAUCCCUUUCUAUCUGUGUCCCCCUCCUGUCUCUCUGCUCUGGUGUCCCCUCCCUGUCUCUCUGUGUCCCCUCUCUGUCUCCCCUCCCUGUCUCUCUGUGUCCCCUCCCUGUCUCUCUGUGUCCCCUCCCUGUCUCCCUGUGUCCCCUCUCUGUCUCCCCUCCCUGUGUCUCUGUGACCCCUCCCUGUCUUCUUCUGGUUUUCCCCUCCAAUUCGCUCUGUGUCCCCUCUCUGUCGCCCCUCCCUGUCUACUCUUGACCCCUCCCUGUCCUCUGUGUCCCCCUCCAUGUCCUCUCUGUGUCCCCUCCCUGUCGCUCUUUGUCCCCUACCUGUCUCUUCUCUGUGUCCCCUCCCUGUCUCCUCCUGUGUCCCCCUCCUGUCUCUCUGUUCCCCUCCAUGUCCUCUUCUCCUGUCUCUCUCCCUGUCUCUUCUGUGUCCCCUCCCUGCUCUCGUGUCCCCAGUCCCUGUCUCUCUGUGUCCCCGAGCGUCCCUUUCUCUCUCUCUGUGUCCCCUCCCUGUCUAUCUGUGUCCCGCGCCCUGUCCUCUGUCGCCCCUCCCUGUCUCUCUCUGGUGUCCCCUCCCUGUCUCUCUGUGUCCCUCCCUGGUCAUCUUUGUCCCCCCCUCCCCUGUCCUCUCUUGUGUCCCCCCCCCAUCCCUGUCUCUGUUGUGCCCCUCUCUGUCUCCCCUCCCCUGUCUCCCCUCCCUUUCCGCUCUGUGACCCCUCCCUGUCUCCUGUGUCCCCCUCUCUGUCUCCCCUCCCUGUCGCUCUUUGUUCCCCUCGCUGUCUCUCUCUGUCUUCUCUCCCUGUCUCUCCUUGUCCCCCUCCCCUGUCUCUCGUGGCAGUUUCCCCUCACCUUUCUCCGUCUGUGUCCCCGCCCUGUCUCUCUCUCUGUGUCCCCUCCCUGUCUAUCUUGUCCCCUCCCUUUCUCGCUGUCUCCCCCUCCCUGUCUCUCUGUUCCCUCCCUGUCCUCUGGGUGCCCCUCCGCUGUCUAUCUGUGUCCCCUCCCUGUCUCUCUCUCUGUUUCCCCUCCCUGCUCUCUGUGUCCCUCUCUGCUCCCCUCCCUGUCUCUCUGUCCCUCCUCCCUGCUCUCCUGUGCCCCGUCCCCUGUCUCCCUGUGUCCCCUCUCUGUCUCCCCUCCCUGUGUCUCUGUGACCCCUCCCUGUCUCUCUGUGUCCCCUCCCUGUCUCUCUCUGUUCCCCUCCUGUCUCCAUCCCCUCCCUGUCUCGCUGUGACCCAGCCUCCCUUCUCUCUGUGUCCCCUCCAUGUCUCUCUGUCUUCUCUCCCUGUCUCUCUGUGUCCCCUCCCUGUCUCUCUGUGUCCCCCUUCCCUGUCUCUCUGCAUCUGUGUCCCCAAGUCCCUGUCGUCUCUGUGUCCCUCCCUCGUUCUCAUCUUCUUUUUCCCCUCCCUGUCCUCUUUCUCCCUCUCCCCUUCCCUGGUCUCUCUUUGUCCCCUUCCCCUGUCUCCUCUUGUCCCAUCCCUGUCUCUCUGUGUCCCCUCCCCUGUCUCUUCUCUGUGUUCCCUCUAUGUCGCCCCUCCCUGUCUCUCUGUGACCCUGUCCUGUCUCUCUUUGUGUCCCCUCCCCUCCCGUCUCCCUGUUUCCCUCUCUGUCUCCCCUCCCUGUGUCCUCUGUCCCCCUCCCUGUCUCUCUGUGUCCCCUCCCUGUCUCAUCCCUUGUCCCCUCUCUUGUCUCCCCCUCCCUGUCUCUCUCUGUGACCAGCUGUUGACCGCCCUCCCCCCUUCUCUCUUGUGUCCCCUCCCUGUCUCUCUGUGUCCCCUCCCUGUCUCUCUGUGUCCCCUCCCUGUCUCCUGUGACCCCUCCCUGUCUCUGUGUCCCCUCCCUGUCUCUCUGUGUCCCCUCCCUGUCUCUCUGUGUCCCCUCCCUGUCUCUCUGUCUCCCCUCCCUGUCUCUCUGUCUCCCCUCCCUGUCUCUGCGUGUCCCUCGCAGCAUGUGUGUGAGACAGAGGAACGAGACGAGGUGGUAGUGUGUGUAGUUGUGUGAGGCCAGCGUUGCCAACUUCAACCAGCACAUGAAGAAGACCCACCCUGGCUGCGGGCGCAGUGCCAACCGACAGGGCUACCGGAGCAACGGGUCCUACGUAGACGGAUGGUUCGGUGGGGAGUGUGGCAGUGGCACCCCACCUACCCGAGGAAGGGCGGUGGGGCGAACACUGUGUCCUCUGGCUGCGGUAGCUGCCGGGACAAACACCUGGCGGUCAAGAGUAAAACCACAGUCCCCGUGAUGGAGAGGUCAGUGGCAGACAGAAGGUGACACUCAAUUAAACACUACGCUUUUAAUACAGACAAUGACAUGUACAGCUGAAACUAAGAUUCAAUACACACUGUAUCACAGUGACGAGAUGACGAUCUAAUCACUGACGUGUUGUGGUCCAUGUUCAGAUAUAAGGGACAGGCUCCGGACCUCUUGGGCAAGCAGGACAGUGUCUAUGAAGGUAAUGGUUAUGAUUUAAAAAGAUGAUGAUUGAAUUGUUCCAGAGUUUCUUGUUCCUGACCCUCUGAAUGAAUAGUUCACUGCAGCUUUAUGGCUGAUAGUAUGACUGUGGUAUUCUCUAUAACCACGUGGCUGAUAGUAUGACUGUGUUAUUCUCUAUAACCAUGGCUGAUAGUAUGACUGUGGUAUUCUCUAUAACCAUGUGGCUGAUAGUUAAUGACUGUGGUAUUCUCUAUAACCAUGUGGCUGAUAGUUUACUUGUUACCUUUAACCCGUGGCUGAUGUUGACUGGGGUUUUUUUUUAAAACCAUUGGCUGAUAGUUAUUUGGGGUAUUCUCUAAAACCCCCGGGGCUGAUGUUACUGUGUUUUUCUCUAUAACCAGGCUGAUAGUAUGACGUGGUUUCCAAAAACCGUGGCAUAGUUACUGGGGUAUUCUCUAUAACCACUGGCUGAUAUUGACUGGGGUUUCUCUAUAACCACGUGGCUGAUAGUAUGACUGUGGUAUUCUCUAUAACCAGGGGCUGUAGUAUACGUGGUAUUCUCUAUAAACCAGUGGCUGUGUAUCUGUGGUAUUCUCAUAACCAGUGGCUGAUGAGACUGUGUUUUCUCUAUACCAGGGGCGAUAGUAUCUGUGUUUUUCUCUAUCCCAGGGGCUGAUGUAUAUGUGUUUUCUCUAUAACCUGGCUGAAGUUGACUGGGUAUUCUCUAUCCGUGGCUGAUAGUAUGACGUGUUUAUUCCUAAACCCGUGGCUGAUAGUAUGACUGUGUUUUUCUCUACCCCCCUUUGAUAGUAUGACUGUUGGUAUUCUCUAAACCCGGGGCGUAGAGCCUUUGUUUCCUAAACCACGGGCUGUGUAUACGGGUUUUCCAAACCAUUGGCUUUUUAUGAGUGGAAACCAAAACCCAGGGGAAACGUUGGUAUCUUUGGUUUUUUUUAACCAUUUUUGGGAUAGUUACGUUUACCAUAAAAAAAUGGUGUUAAAAAAUGGGGUUUAUUCUCUAUAACCAAUUGCGAAGUUCUGUGUUUUUUUCUUAACCACGUGCUGUGGUAUGACGUGGUUUCCUAUCCCUUGGUGAAGUAAACGGACCCCAUCCCAAGGCUAAGAUGACGUGGUAUACCCUAUAACUGGACAUGUGAUGUUGGGUAGUGACUGUAGAGUUGACUCUGGCGGGUUGGUCUAGUGAGCGCCGUCGUCCAGAGCCUCGUCCUGACAGCGACCCGCUGGGGGCGUCCGUAGCCAUGGUGACCGCCACCAACAGCAUGGAGGAGACCCUGUUGCGAUAGUGAGGCUAACCACAACAGAGAGAGGACAGUACUGAUUAAUACACGUCUGUGUUUUGUUUACCCAAUAGUUGAUUAGUUCAUAUUAACAAAGUCUUUGCACAUAUGAUUUGGUCAAGAUGGCGAUUGUAUGGUCCCUCUGUAGGGGGGGGGGGGGGGGGGUCAGUUCCCUGUCUUUCUAUAUUGUGUCUCAGUUGUUGUGUGUUAGCUUCAACACUGUGUCUGUGUGUGUCUUUCCCAGGCUGCCACGGCUCGGUGGAGAACAGCUCCUCCAGCAGGGUGACUCUGGGUGAGCAGGCUGCAGCGCUGCAGAACCCCCAUGACAGCAUGGCUCUGAGGAGAGUGACCUCUGCAGCUCAGGUCCCUGGCCAGGACCAUGGUGAUGAGAGCCCUGUCUCUGCUCUCUGUCAGGUGGGUCUUGUCUGUAGGACUGGGGUGCUAGGGUAGGACUGGGGUAGCUGGUGUAGGACUGUGUGUAGACUGGUGUAUAGGGGACUGUGUGUAGGCUAGGUGUAGGACUGUGUGUAGCUAGGUAGACGGUGUAGACUAGGGUAGGACUGGUGUAGGCUAGGUGUAGGACUGUGGUAGCAGGUGUAGACUGUGUUAGUCUGUGUGUAGGACUGUUGUAGGCUGGGGUAGGACUGGUGUAGGGCAGGUGUAGGACUGUGUUUAGGCUAGGUGUAGGACUGUGUGUAGCUAGGUUGUAGGACUUGUGUAGGCUAGGUGUAGGACUGUGUGUGGCUAGGUGUAGGACUGUGUGUAGGCUAGGUGUAGGACUGUGUGGAGCUAGUGUAGGACUGUUGUAGGCUAGGUGUAGGACUGUGUGUAGGCUAGUGUAGACUAGGUGUGGCUGUGUGUAGGCUAGGUGUAGACUGUGUGUAGGCUAGGUGUAGGACUGUGUGUAGGCUAGGUGUAGGACUGUGUGUAGGCUAGGUGUAGGACUGUGUGUAGGCUAGGUGUAGGACUGUGUGUAGGCUAGGUGUAGGACUGUGUGUAGGCUAGGUGUAGGACUGUGUGUAGGCUAGGUGUAGGACUGUGUGUAGGCUAGGUGUAGGACUGGUGUAGGCUAGGUGAGACUAGGUGUAGGACUGUGUGUAGCUAGGUGUAGGACUGUGUGUAGACUAGGUGUAGGACUGUGUGUAGGCUAGGUGUAGGACUGUGUGUAGGGCUAGGUGUAGGACUGUGUGUAGACUAGGUGUAGGACUGUGUGUAGACUAGGUGUAGGACUGUGUGUAGGCUAGGUGUAGGACUGUGUGUAGGCUAGGUGUAGGACUGUGUGUAGGCUAGGUGUAGGACUGUGUGUAGGCUAGGUGUAGGACUGUGUGUAGGCUAGGUGUAGGACUGUGUGUAGGCUAGGUGUAGGACUGUGUGUAGGCUAGGUGUAGGACUGUGUGUAGGCUAGGUGUAGGACUGUGUGUAGGCUAGGUGUAGGACUGGGUGUAGGGCUAGGUGUAGGACUGUGUGUAGGCUAGGUGUAGACUAGGUGUAGGACUGUGUGUAGACUAGGUGUAGGACUGUGUGUAGGCUAGGUGUAGGACUGUGUGUAGGCUAGGUGUAGGACUGUGUGUAGGACUAGGUGUAGGACUGUGUGUAGACUAGGUGUAGGACUGUGUGUAGACUAGGUGUAGACUAGGUGUGUGGACUGUGUGUAGACUAGGUGUAGGCUGUGUAGACUGUGUGUAGGACUAGGUGUGGGACUGUGUGUAGACUAGGUGUAGGACUGUGUGUAGGCUAGGUGUAGGACUGUGUGGUAGGACUGUGGUGUAGGCUAGGUGUAGGACUGUGUGUAGGCUAGGUGUAGGACUGUGUGUAGGCUAGGUGUAGGACUGUGUGUAGGCUAGGUGUAGGACUGUGUGUAGACUAGGUGUAGGACUGUGUGUAGACUAGGUGUAGGACUGUGUGUAGACUAAGUGUAGGACUGUGUGUAGGCUAGGUGUAGGACUGUGUGUAGACUAAGUGUAGGACUGUGUGUAGGCUAGGGGUAGGACUGUGUGUAGGCUAGGUGUAGGACUGUGUGUAGGCUAGGUGUAGGACUGUGUGUAGGCUAGGUGUAGACUGUGUGGUAGGUAGUGUAGGACUGUGUGUAGGCUAGGUGUAGGACUGUGUGUAGACUAGGUGUAGGACUGUGUGUAGGCUAGGUGUAGGACUGUGUGUAGACUAGGUGUAGGGCUAGGUGUAUGACUGUGUGUAGGCUAGGUGGUUAGGACUGGUGUGUAGGGCUAGGUGUAGGACUGUGUGUAGGCUAGGUGUAGGACUGUGUGUAGGGCUAGGUGUAGGACUGGGGUAGGCUAGGUGUAGGACUGUGUGUAGGCUAGGUGUAGGACUGUGUGUAGGCUAGGUGUAGGACUGGGUGUAGGCUAGGUGUAGGACUGUGUGUAGGCUAGGUGUAGGACUGUGUGUAGGCUAGGUGUAGGACUGUGUGUAGGCUAGGUGUAGGACUGUGUGUAGGCUAGGUGUAGGACUGUGUGUAGGCUAGGUGUAGGACUGUGUGUAGGCUAGGUGUAGGACUUGUGUAGGCUAGGUGUAGGACUGUGUGGUAGGCUAGGUGUAGGACUGUGUGUAGGCUAGGUGUAGGACUUGUGUAGGCUAGGUGUAGGACUGUGUGUAGGCUAGGUGUAGGACUCUGUGUAGGCUAGGUGUAGGACUGUGUGUAGGCUAGGUGUAGGACUGUGUGUAGGGCUAGGUGUAGGACUCUGUGUAGGCUAGGUGUAGGACUGUGUGUAGGGCUAGGUGUAGGACUCUGUGUAGGCUAGGUGAAGGCUAGGUGUCUGUGGUCUGUAUAUACACUGAGUGUACAAAACAUCCCUGUGGAACACCUUCCUAAUAUUGAGUUCCACCCCCUUUUGCCCUCAGAACAGCCUCAAUUUGUCGGGGCAGGGACUCUACAAGGUGUCGAAAGCGUUCCACAGGGAUGCUUGGCCCAUGUUGACUCCAAUGCUUCCCACAGUUACACACGGGAAACUGUUGAGCAUGAAAAACCCAGCAGCGUUGCAGUUCUUGACACACUCAAACCGGUGCGCCUGGCACUUACUACCAUACCCCGUUCAAAGGCACUUCAAUAUUUUGUCUUGCCCAUUCACCCUCUGAAUGGCACACAUACACAAUCCAUGUCUCAAGGCUUAAACAUCCUUCUUUAACCUGUCUCCUCCCCUUCAUCUACACUGAUUGAAGUGGAUUUAACAGGUGACAUCAAUAAGGGAUCAUAGCUUGGUCACCUGGUCAUUCUAUGUCAUGGAAAGAGCAGGUGUUCCUAAUGUUUUGUACACUCACUGUAUGUAACCGCUGCAGCUGUCUGUCUGUCUCUGCUCUCUGUCAGGUAGGACAUCACUCUCUCUCUCUCUCUCUCUCUCUCUCUCUCUCUCUCUCUCUCUCUCUGUCUCUCUCUCUCUCUCUCUCUAUCUCGCUCCUCGUCCCUCUCCUCUCUCUCCUCUCUCUCUCUCUCUGUCUCUCUCUCCUCUCUCUGUCCUCGUCCUGUGUCUCCUCUCUCUCUGUCUCUGUCUUCCCCUGGCGGUCUCGCUCUCCUCUCUCUCUCUCUGUCUCUCCCUGUCUCUGUCUGUCUCUCUCUCUCUCUGUCUCCGUGGUGUCUCUCCAUCUCUCUUCAUCCAUCUCAUCUUUCACUGUGUGUUUAGUUGGUGUCAGUGUAUAAGGGGGAACUGCAUGACAAAGUACUGUAUGUUUAUGAGUAUGUCCUUCUGUGCACAGUGAGCCAAUCACCUGAGUCUCUCUCUCUCAGUGGUUCUAGCUGCAGCCUGGCAGCAGGGUUGGAGUCCCUGGGUCUGACAGACAUCAGGACCCUGGUCCGGCUGAUGUGUCUGGCUGCGGCAGGGCGAGCCGGCCUCUCCACCAGCCCUGCAGCUGGCUCGGGGGCCUCCGAGCGGCCCCGCGGGGCCACCAAGGCCAGCAAACCUAUCUCCUGCCUGGCAUAUCUCAGUACGGCCGUUGGCUGUCUGGCCUCCAACAGUCCCAACGCUGCCAAGCUGCUGGUCCAGCUCUGCACACAGGUGACGACGGGGACACAGCUCAGACUCACACAAAGAUCAUAGACUCACAGCUCAGACUCACACAAAGAUCAUAGACUCACAGCUCAGACUCACACAAAGAUCAUAGACUCAAAGAGAAGGAGAAAGACGGACACACAGCUCAGACUCACACAAAGAUCAUAGACUCACAGCUCAGACUCACACAAAGAUAAUAGACUCACAGCUCAGACUCACACAAAGAUAAUAGACUCACAGCUCAGACUCACACAAAGAUCAUAGACUCACAGCUCAGACUCACACAAAGAUCAUAGACUCACAGCUCAGACUCACACAAAGAUCAUAGACUCACAGCUCAGACUCACACAAAGAUCAUAGACUCACAGCUCAGACUCACACAAAGAUCAUAGACUCAAAGAGAAAGAGAAAGUUACAAGUUCUCUGCUGCACUCAACGACUUUCAAAAAGACAGGAAAUUCAAGUCAGUACAACCUUAGUCCUCACCGCCACACUUAUGAAAAUACUUAACUUGACCUAUACACUAUGGAAGCUGCUCGGCAAAUCAUCCUGUGUUAAAUCAUCACUGGCUGUGUUCAAUUUAACACUGGUCCAGUGUCUAUACGGGUCCACACUUUUCAGUGUUAAAUGAACACUGCUUAGUGUAAAGCCUUAUUUGCAUAUUUCCCAGACUGCCUUGCCUUCCGAGUGAAUUGUAGUUACAUGACUUGUAUUUGUUAGUGACAGAGACGUGAUUGUUGCAGUCAUUUUCUUGGUCCUGUGGGUUUCACCAAGUGAGAUCCUAAGCGAAUAUGUUAUAUCAUUCAAAUUCUUCAAUACAAUACAACACGUGUUUAAUGAGGCCUUAUUUUGAGGACAUCGUUUUACCCUAAUACAGUAGCCUGAAAGUCCCAUUAUGAUGGUUUGCAAAGUGAUGUGUAAUUGUUAUUGCAAUCCAGCCAGAGUGGAGAUAUCCAACAUUUGGAAUUGUUAUUCUCCCACAACCUGCAUUCAGAUUGACUAAGAUAUGAGACUUCCUAAACCAUCUAAACUGGAAUAACCAUUUCAGUAACGGCUGCAAUAAGUCCAACUAACAGAUUGGAUUAGUUUAGAAAAAUUUAUGUUAUCUAUAUUUGAGUAGUGUAAGAUGAAUUAUUCAAUCAACAUAGAUAUUGAAAAAAAAAAACGAUUCUAAAAAUCAACCUGCGAUAGAGCAUGCUGGGAAUUAUGAUAAUGAUGGGCAUGGUUUUGAUUUAACACUGGUUAUUAACACCAACACUGGGGUUAUUUUACACCAUGUAGUGUUAAUUUAAGACCUACAGAGUUCAUUUAACACCUGAAUCAACACUAGAAAUGUUACACUGAAAAAUCAAUACUAGGUAACACUGGCCAAUUUGCUGUGUACAAUACAGAUAGUGUACAAUACAGAUAGUGUACAAUACAGAUAGUGUACAAUACAAUACAGAUAGUGUACAAUACAGAUAGUGUACAAUACAGAUAGUGUACAAUACAAUACAGCUAGUGUACAAUACAGAUAGUGUACAAUACAGCUAGUGUACAAUACAGAUAAUGUACAAUACAGAUAGUGUACAAUACAGAUAGUGUACAAUACAGAUAGUGUACAAUACAAUACAGCUAGUGUACAAUACAGAUAGUGUACAAUACAGAUAGUGUACAAUACAGCUAGUGUACAAUACAAUACAGAUAGUGUACAAUACAGAUAGUGUACAAUACAGAUAGUGUACAAUACAGAUAGUGUACAAUACAAUACAGAUAGUAUACAAUACAGAUAGUGUACAAUACAGCUAGUGUACAAUACAGAUAAUGUACAAUACAGAUAGUGUACAAUACAGAUAGUGUACAAUACAUACAGAUAAUGUACAAUACAGAUAGUGUACAAUACAGAUAGUGUACAAUACAAUACAGAUAGUGUACAAUACAGAUAGUGUACAAUACAAUACAGAUAGUGUACAAUACAGAUAGUGUACAAUACAGAUAGUGUACAAUACAAUACAGAUAGUGUACAAUACAGAUAGUGUACAAUACAAUACAGAUAGUGUACAAUACAAUACAGAUAGUGUACAAUACAGCUAGUGUACAAUACAGAUAGUGUACAAUACAGAUAGUGUACAAUACAGAUAGUGUACAAUACAGAUAGUGUAGCUCUUGAUCCAAUAACUUCCUUCCUUCUGCACCACUAAUGUACUUCCACUAUCUCUUCACUAAUACUCACCUGUAGCAAAAGGUUGGCUGGUCCUCAUUAAAGUCCCGUAGAUCAAAUCAUUAUUCCUGUUUGAUUUACAAAUCCCUACUACAUAAGCUUCCAUCUUAUCUAACUUCGUUGCUAACGUUUAAAAGAACGAGCUCCGUCUCGCAGGAUUGGUUAACUCUUGAGGUCCCUCUGGUCUCGACCAAUUUAGGUAAAUCCUCCUUUAGUUUAAGUGCCCCCCCCCCCCCCCCCAUUAGUUGGAAUAACAUACAACAUUCCUUGCAUCUUGAUUCCCUGGUGCCUCUAGGGCAGUUUAGGACUGAUUGCAGUGGUUUUAUUAUGUAGACAUUGUGGUGUUGACAGUCCCAUCCAGUGUGUUGGGGUUAGGGUUGAUCAGACUGUUCUAGAACCUGUAUAUCUAUCUAUCUCUCUCUAGAACCUGAUCUCGGCGGCAACGGGGAUGAACCUGACCACGGUAGACGACCCCAUCCGGAGGAAGUUCCUCCCCAGCUUCCUGAGGGGCGUGGCCGAGGAGAACAAGCUCGUGACGUCGCCCAACUUCGUGGUGACCCAGGCCCUCGUGGCGCUGCUGGCCGAUAAAGGGGCCAGGCUCAGACCCAACUACGACAAGGCUGACAUGGAGAGAAGAGGUCUGUAGACCUGGAGGCAGCCACACUGUCGUCCUCAUACAUUGUCUGUCAUUGACAUUUCGUUAUCACGCGUCGUCAUAUUCAAUAGAAUUUUUGUAAUGACUUGUGUGUCAGUUUGUUUGUAAACAUUUGCAUUUGGGAUGAAUAAAGAUAUUUUUCAGCUCAUUAGAAUUAGAUUUAAGAAACGGUUAAAGGGGCCAGUGAUUGUAGACUUGUAGUCGCCUCGCAUUUAAUAUCGGAUGACAGUACACGCAAACACGUAGCUACUAGCUAUUGUUAUCAGCUGGUGCUAGCCACCAUAGUCCCCAUUCUAGUUGUCAUUAUUACCAUACUGUUUGUACCAUGCAUUGUGUUAUGUUAUGAUUUUGAUUCUCUCAUCUCUUCCCCAAAUCACUCCCCCUAUUCCUUCUUUCCCACCUUGUUUCGUUCCGGCAGGUCUAAUUGCACAUUUGUAUACCAAUCCUUCCUAUAAUUCCACUGCUGUAGGGCCGCUUGAGCUGGCCAACGCGCUGGCGGCGUGCUGCCUGUCUUCUCGCCUGUCCUCGGGCCACCGCCAGUGGGCCGCUCAGCAGCUGGUCCGCACGCUGGCCGCUCACGACAGAGACAACCAGAGCCGGCCGCAGACCUUUGCCGACAUGGCGGGUGACCUGCGCAAAUGCUCUUCUGUGAAGUUGGAGGCUCACCAGAGCAGGGUGAGCACUGGAGGGUUAGGGUGGAGGGGUUAGGGUGGAGGGUUAGGGUGGAGGAGUUAGGGUGGAGGGGGGUAUAGGGUUAGGUCGAGGGGUAUAGAGUGGGUUAGGGUUAGAGGGUAGGGUAGAGGGUCUAGGUAGAGGUAGGGUGGAGGGUUUAGGGUGAGGGGUUAGGUUAGGGUUAGGGUGGAGGUUAAGUGAGGAGGGUUAGGGUGGAGGGUUGGGUGGGAGGGUAGAAGGGUUAGGGUGGGAGGGUUAGGGUGGAGAGUUGGGUUGAGGGUCAGGUAGAGGGUUAGGGUGGAGGGUUAGGGUAGAGGGUUAGGGUAGAGGGUUAGGGUGGAGUGGUAGGGGGUAGGGGUUAGGGCUUGGGUUGGGUCAUUGAGUUAGGGGUUGGCGGUUUUGAGGGGUUGGGUGGGUUAUGGGGUUAGGUGAGGUUAGGGUGAGGGUUUAGGUAGAGGGGUUUUUUGUGGGGUUUUUGGGUAGGGUUUAAAGGGGUUUGGGUGAGGUCAGGUAAGUUAGGUGAGGGUAGGGUUAGGGUUAGGGUGGAGGGUUAGGUGGUGGGUUAGGGUGAGGGGGGGGGGCUGCCACAUUUGUCCCCAUUUUUCUUUUUUUUUUUUUUUUUUUUUUUGUCGGGUAUAGGUUUAAAAAAAAAAAAAAAAGGGGGAGGGCGGGGGGUUGGGGGGGUUUUUUUACCAGGGGGGGGGGGGGGGCAUUGGGUUUUGGUUGGGGGGUUUGGGGGAUUGGUUGAGGUUUUGGGGGGGGGGGGGGUUUUUUUUUUUUUUUUUUCCUUUUCUUUUUUGGUGGGGAGUUUAGGGUUUUUGGGGGGUUUUGUGAGGGUAAGUCUUUGUUUUCCUGAUUAUUGGUUAGGCGUUGAGUUUUGGUUCCCGGUUGUUUGUUGGCUGGUUGUUUUCUUCUUUUUCGUCAUGGGUCUUUUCUGCGUUCAUUGUCCCCUUCCGUUGAACACUUUUCCACAUUGGUACCUUAAAUUCUCUUUUUUGACCACAGACUUGAUUCUAUUAAGGUUUUUUCUUGUUAGAUUCUUUUUUUUGAAUUAUUAGUCUUAAUUUUACCCCUUUUUUCCUUUAAUUUCUUUACUCCUUUUAACCCCUUACCCUUUUUUUUCUUCUAUUCUAGUGUUUUCCCCUCGCUGGGGGAGUUUUAAAAAUUUUGGGUGGAGGGUUUUUAUACCCCCCUCCCCUUAAUUAUCCAAUUUAUUUUAAAUUAGGGAUUUAUUUGGGUUUUUGUUUUAAUUUAUUUAUUUAAUUUGGUAUUUAUUUGGGUUUAUGGUUACCCUUAAUCUUAUCUUAACCCCCUUCAUUUUAUAGGUUAGGGGGUUUUGGGGUAUUCCCUUUAUUUUAUUUUUCCCCCCUUUCCGCUUUACCUUCAACCCCUCUUUCCCUUCCUAGUUACUCCCCGUUAUUCUACUUUCGAUUCUUUCUCCCUUUACUCCUUUUUUAUUCCUAAAUACCCCCCCUCUAUUUUAAAGGCCCUUCUCUUCCCCCCUUGCCUUCAUUCCCAACGGUCUCACUUUUCAAAAUACCACUCGCCCUUAAAAUAUCCCCGCCCCUCACUCCCCUUUUCUUUACACCCUUCUUCCUCCUUCUUCCCCCUCCUAUUUCCUAAUUCUGUUCCUUUGGGGUCCCAACUCCCUCCCCUCCCCCUCCAGACCCUCCCCUUUUUCUACUUUCCCUCUCCAACCCUCUCCCCCCUUCCCCUCUCUCCCCCCUCUUAGCCCCCCUCUCUCCCUCUCUACCCCCCUCUCUCCCCCCUCUCUCCCCUCUACUCCCUCUCAACCCCCUCUCUUCCCCCCUCUCCCUCUCUACCCCCCUCUCUUCCCCCCCUCUCUCCCCUCUCUCUACCCCCUCCUACCCCCCUCUCCCCCCUCUCUCCCUCUCCCCUCUCCCCAAACCCCCUCUCUUUUUCCCCCCUCUACUCCCCUCUCUACCCCCUCUCCCCCCCUCUCUCCUUCCCCUCUCUCCUCCCCUCUCCUACCCCCUCUCUCUUCCCCUCCUCCCCCCCCUCUACCCCCCCUCCCCACCCCCUCUCUGCUCCCCCCUCUACUCCCCUCUCUACCCCUUCUCCCUACCCCCCUCUCUUCUCCCCCUUUCUCCCCCUCCCCCUACCCCCUCUCUCCCCCUCUCUACCCCCUCUCUGCUCCCCCCACUUCCCCCUCUCUCUCCCCCUCUCCCUUCCCCUCGUCUUCCCCUCUCUCCCCCCCUUUUCUCUACCCCUCUAUCCCCCCUCUCUGCUCCCCCUCUACCCCCUCUUCCCCCCUCUCUACCCCUUCUACCCCCUCUCUACCCCCUCUCUACCCCCCCCCCCACCCCCCUCUCUUCUCCCCCUCUCUACCCCCUCUCUACCCCCUCUCUACCCCCUCUCUAUUUCCCCUCUCUACCCCUCUCACCACCCCCUCUCUACCCCCUCUCUACCCCCCCCUUUUCUCCCCCUCUCCCCCCCCUCUACCCCCCUCUCAAAACUCCCUCUCCCCUCUACCCCCUCUCUACCCCCUCUCUGCUCCCCCUCAAACCCCCUCUCUACCCCCUCUCUACUCCCUCUCUACUCCCUCUCUACCCCCUCUCUACCCCUCUCAACCCCCCUCUCUACCCCGCCUCUACUCCCUCUCAAACCCCCCUCUCUACCCCUCUCUACUCCCUCUCUACCUCUUACCCCCUCUCUGCUCCCCCUCUACCCCCUCUCUACUCCCUCUCUACCCCUCUCUACCCCCCUCUACCCCUCCUCCCCUCUAACCCCUCUCAAACCCCCUCUCUACUCCCCUCUCUAACCCCCUCUCAUACCCCCCUCUCUCUCCCCCCUCUAUCCCCUCUCAAACCCCUCUCUACCCCUUCUACCCCCUCUCUACCCCCUCUCUACGCCCCCUCUCUACCCCCUCUCUACUCCCUCUCCCCCUCUACCCCUCUCUACCCCCCCUCUUUUACCCCCCUCUACCCCCUCUCUACCCCCUCUCCCCCCUCCUACUCCCUCUCUACCCUUUUACCCCCUCUCUACUCCCCUCUCUCCCCCUCCCCCCCUCCUACCCCCUCUCUACCCCCUCUCUAUUUUUCCCUCUCAAACCCCCUCUCUCCCCUCCCCCUCUCUACCCCUCCUCUCCCCUCUCCUCCCCCCUCUACCCCCCUCUCUCCCCCCCUCUCCCCCCCUCUUCCCCCUCUCUACCCCCCUUUCCCCCUUUUCACCCCCCUCUUCUCUACCCCCUCUCUACCCCCCUCUCCCCCCCCCCCUCUCUACUCCCCUCUCUACCCCCUCUCUACUCCCCUUCUCUACCCCCUCUCUACUCCCCUCUCUACCCCCUCUCUACUCCCCCUCUCUACCCCCCCUCUCUACCCCCCCUAACCCCCUCUCCCCUCUCUACUCCCCUCUCUACUCCUGGGAAAAUGGCAUGAUUAGACCGAGUCCUUCAGACAGAACCCACAGACAUCUCUGUAACACACUCACUUUGUAAUAGGAACUCCAGAGGGCAUUUAUCUAACAACAAGCAGCUGUGGGAGUUUUUUAAGUGGAUCUUUUCUGGCGGUGUGUUUGUGUCUACAGUUUCUCUGUCUGUCUGAUAGGUGAAUUGAGGGUAAUUCAUAGCAGUGCUCUUACGUCUGAAAUUGUUAGAUUAUCAUUGAGGGUAAUUUUAUGUAUUGUCCCAGGUGAUGUCCGUGUCUGGCUGGCUGGCUGAUAACCCAGGGUCAUUUUCAGUUCAUCUAUGUAGGCCUCAUAAAGCGUUUAUGAAGACUUUGUUAUAAUGUGUGUUUAAAGUUUGACUAUGUGUAUAGAUAAAUGAGAAUCGUUAUGUGUUGCAUAGUACAGGCCUUAUAGAGAGUUGAUGAAGACCUUUUAAAGGGUCAUGGAUACUUAAUUUACACCUUGACGGUAUUACUUAGUUUACAGUGAAACCUUGUGUGUUUUCUCCAGGUGAUCACGUGUGGUUGGUGCAGUAAAAAAGGCCUGUUGGCCACCAGCGGCAACGAUGGAACCGUCCGAGUGUGGAGCGUUACUAAGAACCAGUACACCCUCCAACAGACCUGCAUCUUCAACAGAAGGUAAGCAGCACUGCUAACCUCUGACCUCUGACCUCUGAAGACAUGCUUAAUAUGCAUUAAACCACAGCAUUUGCUUUGCUUUGACCAAAACACAGACUAGCUUUCAGUCUACUACAGACUACAGACUUCUCUAACCCUAACCCUUUCAGUCUACUACAGACUACAGACUUCUCUAACCCUAACCCUUUCAGUCUAUCAGACUACAGACUUCUUUUAACCCUAAACCCCUUUUAGUCUAAAAUACAGACUUCUCUAACCCUAACCCUUUCAGUCUACUACAGACCCGACUUCUCUAACCCUAACCCUUUCAGUCUACUACAGACUACAGACUUCUCUAACCCCUAACCCUUUCAGUCUACUACAGACUACAGACUUCUCUAACCCUUUCAGUCUACUACAGACUACAGACUUCUCUAACCCUAACCCUUUUUAGUCCUAAAUACAGACUUCAACUUUUCUCUAACCUCUAACCCUUUCAGUCUACUACAGACCCCAACCUCAAAAACCCCUUUUAGUCUACUACAGACUCCUCUAACCCUAACCCUUUCAGUCUACUACAGACUACAGACUUCUCUAACCCUAACCCUUUCAGUCUACUACAGACUUCCCUAACCCUUUCAGUCUACUACAGACUACAGACUUCUCUAACCCUAACCCUUUCAGUCUACUACAGACUACAGACUUCUCUAACCCUAACCCUUUCAGUCUACUACAGACUUCUCUAACCCUAACCCUUUCAGUCUACUACAGACUACAGACUUCUCUAACCCUAACCCUUUCAGUCUACUACAGACUACAGACUUCUCUAACCCUAACCCUUUCAGUCUACUACAGACUACAGACUUCUCUAACCCUAACCCUUUCAGUCUACUAAAGACUACAGACUUGUCUAACCCUUUCAGUCUACUAAACCAACUUUACAAAUUUUGUUGUGUUUUCUCCCCCCUUGUUACCGCUCCAAUUCUUUUUCAGUUACUACAGACACGUUGUCCCUAAUUCACCCAACUUGUCUUUCCUACCCCACCCUUAUUAAUCAGACUACUUUACUAAAAACCCUUGUCUACUGAGAUAAGGUUUCUACUUCUAGGAUACUAACUAAGCUUCUCUAAUAAUCAGUUUUCUAAAGACUACAUUUAUUUAAACCCUAUUUGUUUGUGUCCCCCCCUUUGUUUGCUGGUUCUCUCCUCUUGUUUCCCCGUGUUUUUUUCCUUUUUUGUGUUUCUCUCCCCUUUGUUUGCUGUUUUUUCCCUCUUUGUCUCUGUGUUUUUUUUCUCCUCCCCUUUGUUUGGUGUUCUCUUCCCCCUUUGUCUCUGGUGGGUGUUCUCUCCCUUUGUUUGUGGUGUUCUCUUUUUUUGUCUCUCCCCGUUUUUUUUGUCUCUGUUUUUUUGUUUGUGUUCUCUCCCCCUUUUGUUUGUGUUUCUCCUUUGUUUGUUUUUUGUUCCCCGUUGUUUUCCCCCCCUUUGUGUGUGUUUCUCCCCAAUUUUGUUUGUGUUUCUCCCCUUUGUUUGUGUUUUUUGUUGUUUUGUUGUUUUUCCUUGUUGGUGUUUCCUCUCUUUUGUUUGUCUUUUUUUUUGUUUGUUCCUUUUCUUCCCCCCUUUGUUGUGUGUUUUUUUGUUUUGUUUUUGGUUCGUUUGUUUUUUUUUUUUUUUUUUUGUUUUUGUGUUCCUCCCCCUCUGUUGGGUUUUGUGUUUUUUUGUGUUUGGUGUUUUUUUUUGUCUUGGCCGUUUCCCCAAUUAGGUCUCUAAGAGGUCAUCUUUUCCCCCCCAGGCUACACCCCAGCUUCCUCUCCCUCCCCUUCGGUCUCUCAGGUAAAACUUCUCUCCCUAACCUUUCACUCUCACAAACUAAGACUUCCUAACUAACACUUUUGUCUACACAGACACAGACCUUCUCUCAUAACCCAACUUCAACUACUACAUCAACAUAAAUCCCUAACCCGACCAGCACUACAACUUUCAACCCUUCAUUACUACAAAUACACUCAUACCCAACUUUUUUCACACAGACCCCUAACCCCAUCUACUACAACUACAACCAACCCAACCCCAGCUACUACAACUACAACUUCUCAUAACCACCCAACCCUUUUUUCAUACAAAACAGACCCCUAACCAACCUCAUCUAACGCAACACAGACACCCAACCCAACCCUUCAUCACUACAAACACCAACAGACCGAACCCCUUGACCCCCUAACCAUACACACUGCCACCACUUACACACCUUUUUCCACUACCACAGAACACACACAGGGAAAAACAAUUCACAGAAGGGCCACACUUUUUCAAAUGAACACUAACUGAACCCAGAAAACCCCCCUAAAUAACCCCCACAUUUUUUGACACCCUUUUUUCCCCUUUUUUGGGGGGCCCUUUUUUCCCUUUUUUCGUGUGUGUUGUGUGUGUGUGUGUGUGUGUCGUGUGUAGUGUGCUGUGUGUGUGUGUGUGUGUUCGUGUGUGUGUGGUUUGUGGGGUUGUGGUGUGUGUUUUGUUGUGGUGUGUGUGUGCUCGUGUGGGUGUGGGUGGGUUGGUGCUGUCCUGUCCCAGUGAUGGUCUCCAGAGGAGGGUGGCAUGUCUUGGUUCCCCAGGCACCCAGUCGUCCUCUGGUCUGAGCUCUCAGGGAAUACUCGCAUGAGAAAUAGCAACACGCAGGUCACUAGACACAUACUACUACUGACUACACACAGACACAGAAACAUACCAACAUCAUCAACAUACACACCAUACAACACAUACAACAUAAUACAUACAUACAUACAUAACACACACUACAUACAACAUACAUACAUACAAAAACACACGACAUCAACACAUCACUACAUACAUACACAUACAGACACACACCAUACUACACAACAACAUACAUCCAGACACACACAUACACAACACGACACACACAACACACACAACAACACAUACACUACAUACAUACACAUACACACCAACACAACAAACAUCACACACACACCACACACAGACACACACAUCCACCACAACACCAACAGACCACCACACACAGACACCACACAUACACACAGACACACACACACACACACAUACACACAGACACAGACACAUACAUACAUACAUACAUACAUACAUACAUACACACACAUACACACACAGACACACACACACACACAGACACACACAUACUGUAGCUAUUCGAGGUUCAGAAACCUUUUUUAAUUUGUAUUUGUAUUUUUUUUUACCUUUAACUAGAAUUGCUGUAUGUUUGAUCAAGCCACGUUUAUGGAAGACACUUAUAUUGAAUAGUUUAAAAGAAUGUGUUUUUUGGUGGAAGCUUUGUAUUAGCUUGUGUUUUAGCCCUCUGAGCGUCUUCUAUCAGAGUGUUGGAGGUCUGUGUAGUGCAGGUGGGAAACAUAUUAACAAUUGAUUUUCUCCAGUAAAGUUUGAUAGGCCUUGGGGCUCUCAUCACCAGGCUCUGCUGGCGUCCCAAAUGGCACCCUAUUCCCUUCUAAGUGCACUACUUUUGACCGGAGCCAUCCAUAUAGUCCCUGGUCAAAAGGAGUGCGCUGUAGAGGGAUAAGGGUGCCAUUUGAGACUCGGGCUCUGUUUCCAGGAUGGAGCCCUAGACACAGCCCAGACCAUCUGUCCGUGGGUGGGGUUCUGUAGCCCGUGGAUGGGGUUCUGUAGCCCGUGGAUGGGGUUCUGCAGCCCGUGGGUGGGGUUCUGCAGCCCGUGGGUGGGGUUCUGCAGCCGGGAGGGGGUUCUGCAGCCCGUGGAUGGGGUUCUGUAGCCGUGGAUGGGUGUUCUGUUAGGCCCAGGGGGUGGAGGCCAAUAAACACUCCUAUGAGAUCUGGAUGAUCACGUCAACGUUCCUGCCUUUGCAUGUUAUCCACUCUGAUGUUCUGCCUUUGGCUGUUACCAACCCUUAUGUAUGCCUUUGGCAUGUUACCAACUCCUUCUGUUGCUGCCUUUGGCAUGUUACCAACUCCUUCUGUUCCUGCCUUUGGCAUGUUUACCAACCCUUAUGUUGUCCUUGGAUGUACCAACUCCUUCUGUGUCCAGGGCCUUGGCAUGUUACCAACUCCUUCUGUUGCUGCCUUUGGCAUGUUACCAACUCCUUCUGUUCCUGCCUUUGGCAUGUUACCAACUCCUUUGGCAUGUUACCAACUCCUUUACAGCACCGCAACACUCCCUUUGUAUUCAGAGUUAGAAGGGUCGCGCGAUCUUCAACUUAGCUUAAUUCGUAUCAUUUAGUUGUUAUGAAGCCUUGUUAGUUAUUAGUUGGCUCAAACUACAUUAUCUUAUUAUUAUUAUGUACUCCCUUAGAAGGUAGACUCAGCAAUAUGGCGUCAUUCUAAACAGCGGGUAAUUUCCUGCUCACAACAACAUCAUUCAGUUCUGCCAAUACUGGCUCUGUUGGCUCUUCAUCAAUGUGUGGUCCUCACUGGAGGCAUGUCUUUGGUAAUAGACACCCAGUUGGGUCAAUGUGUGGUCCUCACUGGAGGCAUGUCCUUGGUAAUAGACACCCAGUUGGGUCAUUCAGACAAUGUUUAUUACUUCAUGCAGGAAGUCGCCCCCCCCAGUGUCUUAGGAUGUUAUAUUGCCUAGUCUACCAUAGAUGUGGUUGUUUUGACCUAUCUUAGUUAAAUGCACUGUAAGCCACUCUGAAUAAGAGUGUCGCUAAAUUGUAAUUGUCAGUCAGCCAAAGCCUGAGUUCAGAUGUUAAUGGUUUUAUAUUAGAAUCUAUCUGACCUUUUAACCCUUCCACUCUGACCCCCUCCACCAGGCGGUAAGGGUCUGCUGGACGUGCAGCCCCACUGGGUGUCAGCUCUGGCCUGGCCGGAGGGGGAAGCCGUGUCCCUGUGGUGUGGGGAACCCAAAGAUGUGCUGCUGGUGGGACGUAUGGAUGGAUCCCUGGGCCUGAUAGAGGUCCAUGACGCCUGCACCAUGCACCGCACGGAGCUGGAGCACUGCUACAGGAAAGGUGGUAUGUAGUCUGGAGGGUGGAUUGGCAGGUCCCCAGUUUUCACAUAAACGUGAGAAGUGUGUGUCUCUUGUGUUGUUGAUCGUAUGCUUUUACUUCAAGGCAAUACGCUGAUCUGAAAUCAUCUUCAUUUGUGACUAUCCUGAUCAGAUGUUUGAUCAGACGCUGAUCUGAAGUCAUCUUCAUUUGUGACUAUCCUGAUCAGAUGUUUGAUCAGACACUGAUCUGAAAUCAUCUUCAUUUGUGACUAUCCUGAUCAGAUGUUUGACCGUUUUGAUAUAUUUUGUGUGCAUGACGACAAUAUUAUGUAGGUAUUCCAUGAUCUGAACUUGGUUGUUUUUCUGUUGCAGUGGCUGUGAUGAACAUAGCCUGGUACAGCGAGGACAGGCCGUUCGCUGUGGGCUACGCUGACGGGAAGCUGCUGAUUGGAACCAAAGAGCCUCUGGAGAAAGGAGCCAUCGUGGUCAUAGAUGCCCAUAAGGUCAACACCAUCUCUAUAUAACAUACUAUACACAGCAAGACAGUAUUCCAAAGUUUCCUAGAAGCUAACACAGAUAGAUGCUUGUUAGUUGUAGAGAAUUUCUCUAUCCAUUAAUCUUUCCUGACUUUCAUUGUUGUAGGAAUCAACGUGAGUGAGACAAAAAGUCCAUAAGUCCAUACAUUUAUUAGAACCUAGACUUUCUGGCCCAGUGUCAGAGUUUUUUGCUCUGUAGCGUAAACACACCGCUGGGACAAAACACCACAUAGAAACUAACACAUCGUCUAUUGAUGGUCCUAUACCUUAGGUAAAAGUUUUUAGUCUCUGUCCCCCUCCUGUGUAUCUCGUAUAGUACUAGGUCACUAGAUAUAUUCAUGUUUUUAGUCUCUGUCCCCCUCCUGUGUAUCUCGUAUAGUACUAGGUCACUAGAUAUCUUCAUGUUUUUAGUCUCUGUCCCCCUCCUGUGUAUCUCGUAUAGUACUAGGUCACUAGAUAUCUUCAUGUUUUUAGUGUCUGUCCCCUCCUGUGUAUCUCGUAUAGUACUAGGUCACUAAAUAUCUUCAUGUUUUUAGUCUCUGUCCCCUCCUGUGUAUCUCGUAUAGUACUAGGUCACUAGAUAUCUUCAUGUUUUUAGUCUCUGUCCCCUCCUGUGUAUCUCGUAUAGUACUAGGUCACUAGAUAUCUUAAUGUUUUUAGUCUCUGUCCCCUCCUGUGUAUCUCGUAUAGUACUAGGUCACUAGAUAUCUUAAUGUUUUUAGUCUCUGUCCCCUCCUGUGUAUCUCGUAUAGUACUAGGUCACUAGAUAUCUUCAUGUUUUUAGUGUCUGUCCCCUCCUGUGUAUCUCGUAUAGUACUAGGUCACUAAAUAUCUUCAUGUUUUUAGUCUCUGUUCCCUCCUGUGUAUCUCGUAUAGUACUAGGUCACUAGAUAUCUUCAUGUUUUUAGUCUCUGUCCCCCUCCUGUGUAUCUCGUAUAGUACUAGGUCACUAGAUAACUUAAUGUUUUUAGUCUCUGUCCCCUCCUGUGUAUCUCGUAUAGUACUAGGUCACUAGAUAUCUUAAUGUUUUUAGUCUCUGUCCCCUCCUGUGUAUCUCGUAUAGUACUAGGUCACUAGAUAUCUUCAUGUUUUUAGUCUCUGUCCCCCUCCUGUGUAUCUCGUAUAGUACUAGGUCACUAGAUAUCUUCAUGUUUUUAGUCUCUGUCCCCCUCCUGUGUAUCUCGUAUAGUACUAGGUCACUAGAUAUCUUCAUGUUUUAUUAUUAAAACCUGGUUAUUUUAAUGGUUCCUCACAAUGUAAAGAGCUGUGGGUUUUCUGUCUGUAAAUGAAAAGCGCUCUACAAAUGCUAUUGAUUUGUAUUAUGAUUAUUAUUAGUAGUAGUAGUAUUAUUGAUUAUUAUUGUUAUUUUGAUUAUAAUUAUUAUUUGUAUUAAUAUUAGUAGUAGUAGUAGUAUUAGUAGUAUUAUUGAUUAUUGUUAUUAUGAUUAUUAGUAUUAUGAUUAUUAUUUGUAUUAGUAUUAGUAUUGUUAUUAUGAUUAUUUAUAAUAUUAUGAUUAUUAGUAGUAUGAAUGCUAUUAUUAUUAUGAUGAUGAUGAUGAUGAUGAUGAUGAUUAUUAUUAUGAUGAUGUGUGUCUCUCCCAGGAGUCCAUCACCAGUAUGAAGUGGGAUCCUAGUGGUCAGAUGCUGUUGACCUGUGCCAAAGAGGAGGUGGUGAAGCUAUGGUCCAGCCCUGGGUCCGGGUCCAGCCCUGGGUCCGGGUCCAGCCCUGGGUCCGGGUCCAGCCCUGGGUCCGGGUCCAGCCCUGGGUCCGGGUCCAGCCCUGGAGCAGCCUGGAAGUGCCUACAGAUCCUAACCCACCCUGCCCAGGUCAAUGGAGUGGCCUGGUGUGGCCUGGCUGGACACGGAGCCAGACCUCUCAACAUGCUGGCCACGUACGUAGAGUAUUCAACCGGACUGGACUGUAUUGAUAUUCAUGAAUUACGUUUUAGUCAAGUAUGGAACUGAACUGGACUGUAGUGGACUAUAUAUAUCUUUAGUGGACUAUAGAUGUAUUUAGUGGACUAUAGUUGUCUUUAGUGGACUAUAGAUGUCUUUAGUGGACUAUAUAUAUCUUUAGUGGACUAUAGAUGUCUUUAGUGGACUAUAGAUGUCUUUAGUGGACUAUAUAUGUCUUUAGUGGACUAUAGAUGUCUUUAGUGGACUAUAGAUGUCUUUAGUGGACUAUAUAUGUCUUUAGUGGACUAUAUAUGUCUUUAGUGGACUAUAGAUGUCUUUAGUGGACUAUAUAUGUCUUUGGUGGACUAUAGAUGUCUUUAGUGGACUAUAGAUGUCUUUAGUGGACUAUAUAUGUAUUUUGUGGACUAUAGAUGUCUUUAGUGGACUAUAUAUGUCUUUAGUGGACUAUAGAUGUCUUUAGUGGACUAUAGUUGUCUUUAGUGGACUAUAGAUGUCUUUAGUGGACUAUAUAUAUCUUUAGUGGACUAUAGUGGUCCUCUGUAGCUCCUCUGUAGCUCAGCUGGUAGAGCACGGCGCUUGUAACGCCAAGGUAGUGGGUUCGAUCCCCGGGACCACCCAUACACAAAAAAAAAAAAAAUGUAUGCACGCAUGACUGUAAGUCGCUUUGGAUAAAAGCGUCUGCUAAAUGGCAUAUUAUUAUUAUUAUUAUUAUUAGAUGUCUUUAGUGGACUAUAGAUGUAUUUGGUGGACUAUAGAUGUCUUUAGUGGACUAUAUAUAUCUUUAGUGGACUAUAGAUGUCUUUAGUGGACUAUAGAUGUCUUUAGUGGACUAUAGAUGUCUUUAGUGGACUAUAGAUGUCUUUGGUGGACUAUAGAUGUCUUUAGUGGACUAUAUAUAUCUUUAGUGGACUAUAGAUGUCUUUAGUGGACUAUAGAUGUCUUUAGUGGACUAUAGGUGUCUUUAGUGGACUAUAGAUGUCUUUAGUGGACUAUAUAUAUCUUUAGUGGACUAUAGAUGUCUUUAGUGGACUAUAGGUGUCUUUAGUGGACUAUAGGUGUCUUUAGUGGACUAUAGAUGUCUUUAGUGGACUAUAUAUAUCUUUAGUGGACUAUAGAUGUCUUUAGUGGACUAUAGAUGUCUUUAGUGGACUAUAGAUGUCUUUAGUGGACUAUAGAUGUCUUUGGUGGACUAUAGAUGUCUUUAGUGGACUAUAUAUAUCUUUAGUGGACUAUAGAUGUCUUUAGUGGACUAUAGAUGUCUUUAGUGGACUAUAGGUGUCUUUAGUGGACUAUAGAUGUCUUUAGUGGACUAUAUAUAUCUUUAGUGGACUAUAGAUGUCUUUAGUGGACUAUAGAUGUCUUUAGUGGACUAUAGAUGUCUUUAGUGGACUGUACGAUGCUGAAUUCUACUCCCACUUACUCAGCCAGUCCACUUAGCCAGGUCAGGCAGACAGACAGACAGGUCAGGCAGACAGACAGGUCAGCCAGUCCACUUAGCCAGGUCAGGCAGACAGACAGACAGGUCAGCCAGUCCACUUAGCCAGGUCAGGCAGACAGACAGACAGUAGAAAUGUGCAGUAGUGCUGUGUUUAAUCAGACUGUCAGCCCACAACCAUUCAUAAUCAGUGUUAUAUCCCUGACCUUGUUGCGUUCAGCGCUCUGUGGUCAGGUUGAACAGUCUCUGUACCAGUGUGGAUAACUGACAUUUUAGGGAGGUUUUGACAUUCUCACACUCGGAUACUUCCACAAGGCUAACCUUCUCGCUCCUCAGUUCUAAUCUGGUACUGCUUGAAUGCGAGGACACUCUGUUUUUCCAGAAAGAGGAAUAAAAAUAGAAUCGAAUUGAAAAGAAAGUGUGGAUAUCUACAUUUUCUUAGGCUCUGCUUCCACAAGGUCUCCCAAUGUCCCCACAGGUAUAGUAAUACAAACACACACAUUUGUAAGAGCGCUAUUUAACAGGAGGUUGCGUUUGUUAUUCCAGGUGUUGCCAAAACGGACUGGUGUCAGUCUGGACUGUGCCUCAAGACGCCUCUGCCUUCCCAGAAUCCACCUCUUCUGGCUCUGAGGGCUGGAGGGAUAACGAACCCAAAGCCAAACGCAAGGUAUGAUAACUCGGUAGUAGGUAGAAGUGUCUUCCUAACCACUGGUUCAGGGUCAGAUAUUGUUUAGCCCUACUAAUGGAGAAGGUUGGAAUUGGAUUAGACUAGAUCUGUGGUUAGGGGGGGAAACUUCUACCCCUAAGUGUUUAAUCGGUACAAAUUCUAAACUGUAUCCAGAUUUGAUCAGUUGUGUCAGGUACAGCUUUUCAAAAGCUAAUAUUUUCCUCCUCACCCAAUUUUGUGUGUGUGUGUGUGUGUGUGUGUGUGUGUGUGUGUGUGUGUGUGUGUGUGUGUGUGUGUGUGUGUGUGUGUGUGUGUGUGUGUGUGUGUGUGUGCACGUGCGUGCCCCAGCAGCAGAGGUCCAGUAGGCGUGGUGAGGGGGCGGUGUAUGUCUUCCAGCUGAAGGGUCAUAUCACCCCCGUCAGGACAGUAGCCUUCAGCCCAGACGGCCUGGCUCUGGUGUCUGGAGGGGUGGGAGGCCUCAUGAACAUCUGGUCCCUACGGGUGAGGACACACACGGACACACACGAUACACAAGCAGAGACCAAUGCAGAUGCACACACACACAGAGGAAACAGUGUUCACCAUGUGCUAGGAGUUUGUUCUAGAGGUUUAAAGAAUAACAGUAUACUUCCUGGAUCUUAUUUGAACUAUGUUUAGACAAACUUAAUGGACUGUUGCUCAAAUAAGCACUUUUAGCUGUGUGUGGUCACUUUCCUGUAAAACCUGUUUAAAACACUGAAUACUUUUUCACUACGGUCAUUGUGUGUGUAACAGGACGGGUCAGUACUCCAGACAGUAAUAGCGGGGUCAGGAGCCAUCCAGAACAUUGUCUGGAUCCCAGAUGUGGGCGUGGCCGUCUGCUCCAACAGGUCAAAGGUGAGGUGGAACCAGAAUCAGUUCACUAGAUGGCCGUUCGUUGUUAUAUUAACUUGCUCGGGCAGAAUGACAGAUUUUUUACCUUGUCAGCUCGAGGAUUCGAUCCAGCAACCUUUCGGUUACUGGCCCAACGCUCCUACCCGCCAGGCUACCGGCCCCAGGGUUAUGGUUGAAGGGUUAUGGUUGAAGGGUUAUGGUUGAAGGGUUAUGGUUGAAGGGUUAUGGUUGACGGGUAAUGGUUGAAGGGUUAUGGUUGAAGGGUUAUGGUUGAAGGGUUAUGGUUGACGGGUUAUGGUUGACGGGUAAUGGUUGAAGGGUUAUGGUUGAAGGGUUAUGGUUGAAGGGUUAUGGUUGACGGGUAAUGGUUGACGGGUAAUUGGUUGAAGGGUUAUGGUUGAAGGGUUAUGGUUGAAGGGUUAUGGUUGAAGGGUUAUGGUUCUUAAAUGUCUCAUAUGUCUCUACAUAUCGUCAGGAUGGGCUGGUACUGAACUGCUAUAGUGGAGGGUAUAUAGACUAAAGUCAAUGUAGGAUACUGCAGUAUGGACUGACUCCACUCUGACUAAAGGAUACUACGGUAUGGACUGACUCCACUCUGACUAAAGGAUACUACGGUAUGGACUGACUCCACUCUGACUAAAGGAUACUACGGUAUGGACUGACUCCACUCUGACUAAAGGAUACUACGGUAUGGACUGACUCCACUCUGACUAAAGGAUACUACGGUAUGGACUGACUCCACUCUGACUAAAGGAUACUACGGUAUGGACUGACUCCACUCUGACUAAAGGAUACUACGGUAUGGACUGACUCCACUCUGACUAAAGGAUACUACGGUAUGGACUGACUCCACUCUGACUAAAGGAUACUACGGUAUGGACUGACUCCACUCUGACUAAAGGAUACUACGGUAUGGACUGACUCCACUCUGACUAAAGGAUACUACGGUAUGGACUGACUCCACUCUGACUAAAGGAUACUACGGUAUGGACUGACUCCACUCUGACUAAAGGAUACUACGGUAUGGACUGACUCCACUCUGACUAAAGGAUACUACGGUAUGGACUGACUCCACUCUGACUAAAGGAUACUACGGUAUGGACUGACUCCACUCUGACUAAAGGAUACUACGGUAUGGACUGACUCCACUCUGACUAAAGGAUACUACGGUAUGGA